AUGUCGGAAUCGGAACUGGGAAGGAAGUGGGACCGGUGCCUGGCCGACUCCGCGCUGAAAUUCGGUAAGUAGACAUGAGGAGUAAAUACGGUACCUACCGCUACUGAACUUACGGGAGGGAGAGAGAGAGAGAGAGAGAGAGUGAGUGUGUGACAGGGAGAGUGUGAGUGUGUGACACAGGGAGAGAGUGUGAGUGUGACACAGGGAGAGAGUGACAGGGAGAGAGUGACAGGGAGAGAGUGACAGGGAGAGAGUGACAGGGAGAGAGUGACAGGGAGAGAGUGACAGGGAGAGAGUGACAGGGAGAGAGUGACAGGGAGAGAGUGUGACACAGGGAGAGAGUGUGACACAGGGAGAGAGUGUGACACAGGGAGAGAGUGUGAGAGUGACAGGGAGAGAGUGACAGACAGGGAGAGAGUGCGACACAGGGAGAGAGUGCGACACAGGGAGAGAGUGACAGGGAGAGAGUGACAGGGAGAGAGUGACAGGGAGAGAGUGACAGGGAGAGAGUGUGAGGGAGAGAGUGACAGGGAGAGAGUGUGAGGGAGAGAGUGUGAGGGAGAGAGUGUGAGGGAGAGAGUGUGAGUGCGUGAGAGGGAGAGAGUGUGAGACAGGGAGAGAGUGUGAGACAGGGAGAGUGUGAGACAGGGAGAGUGUGAGACAGGGAGAGUGUGAGACAGGGAGAGUGUGUGAGUGUGUGACACAGGGAGAGUGUGUGAGUGUGUGACACAGGGAGAGUGCGUGUGCGUGACACAGGGAGAGUGCGUGUGCGUGACACAGGGAGAGUGCGUGUGCGUGUGACUGGGAGAGUGCGUGUGUGUGUGUGUGUGACUGGGAGUGUGAGGGGGAGGGUGGGUGUGCCAGGUAGGGGGACAGGGAGUGUGCCAGGGAGGGUGAGUGUGCCGGGGGUGGGAGGGGGCUGAGUGUGACUGGGGGGAGUGUGACGGAGUAUGUGUGACAGGGAGUGUGUGACGGAGGGGGAGGGAGUGUGACAGGUUAAUCAAGUGAGCUUUUUCUGCCUAAAAAUACAAUUUUCCCAACCUUUUGAAUACUGUUUGCAGUGAUCAAAGUAUAAUUCACAGUUCUGUUUGUUUUUUUUAGUUGGGGUGGUUGGUAAUUAGUAGGAAAUCAGGGAAUUUAGUGUUGUUAGGGGGUAAAAAAUUUUUUUUUUAUUUUUUUUUUUAUUUUUAGAAAAGUUAACGUUAUUUAGAUAAAGUUGAUUUUGUACACUAUGCUUAGAAAGUUUACUGCAGAAAAAGCUUAUAGAUUUUUAAGGUACGACUUCGAGGCGACACACUCCCUCUUUAAGUGACUUCAACUAUUGGCCAGACUUUAGGACCCUCGGUAGAAAGAGCUGAUUGCACAGGCACUGCAUGAGGACCAAAUAACUGGGUAUCCACUAAGGAAUUUACCCCUGAUAUUCCUGUCUUCCCAGCAACUCCUAGGAAUCAGGCUGACCUGAAUAGAUAGCAGCUGAAGUUUUCGCAGCUGUUCCUGGGGGAUGGUAUUUUAGGGAACAUUGUCAGCCAGGCUAAUAUUUUUGCCAAGCAGUAUGUGGCUCUAAACGGAGUCUUAUCGUCAGAACACUGUGCUAGUAUGCAGAAUUAAACAAGCCAAACAGCGUUAGGGUGUACAAUUCAAAAUUCCAAUUUGUAGUGCCCACUUUUUUCUCCCCCAUACAGUGAAUAGGCCCACACAUGAAGUGAUACUGUGGUAUCUGCAGUAUGAUCACCUGUUUCAAAUGUGCCACCUAAUUUCCCAUUUUAACGAAAAACUUCUAUAACAGCAUGCACUCUGGAAGUUGUGGCUGUUUGCAUACAGCAUUCAAAUAAGUACAUGGGGGAGUUGACCUGUCUGAUCAACCGCUGCAGCAGUCUUUAAUCAUGUGUCAGACCACAGCAUUGUCUAAAAAAGUAAUGCACGUGGCAACCCACAAUGCAUUUUAUCCUCUACAAAAAGGCAAAUGCUGUAGUUAUAUGUACAUUUUAGACACUUAAUUUCAGGACUACUUAUUAAGUGCCACAGAGGGGUACCAUCGGUGGAUCCUGACAGUGGAAGAAUUUAGACAGGUCACUUCUCCUUUAGAAUCCUCCUGCUACCCCCCCCUCACUUCUCCCCCCAGGGUAUGUUACCAGAGGGGCAUAAGAACUGAAACCCGUCUCAGCUUGGCAUUUGCAUUGGAAAUUGCUUCAAAGUAUAUCACAUGCAGGGCAAGUAAGUUCAAAAUGCUUAGGAAGUUCAGUGCCAAAGAGGCUUACAGAAUUCUGACAGCAGACUCAGAGAUGGGACAGUGCCUCGGAGUUUGACGCAAUUAAAUGCACCAUUACACAAACAUGCAAAUGAAAAAUGGCCCUACGCUAAGGAUCAAAAUAUGCCGUUUGAGAUACCAUGGUGGGGCUUCUUUAAAGGGUUACUCCAACCACUAUGGCCAGUUCUGCUUUGAGAAGUAGACAAAAUUAAAGCAUAGCUGAUUUGUAGGAGUCUGUAUGUGCAGCGUUUUUGUUCCGGGCUGCCUAAUGUCAAUUCUGUGCAUAAUUUAAAUCUGUCGUCAUCGCUUGCUGGCAACAAAUGUAUUGUGCUUCUUCCUUGCAGGCAGAGCCUGUGAACUAAAGCGUUUGUCUCUUCACCUCCUUCUCUCUGUCCACUGGCAGCAUAGACAAGCAGACCGCUUUCCCUUCAAAUCUAGAAGUGGGCAGCGCAUAAGUUUGCAACUUGCAAGAGAAGCAAAUUAAAUUGUGUCCUUAAGGAGAUGUUCUUAACUGUUUUUAGGGUUAGACAACCGUUGGCACUCCAGAUGCUGUGGAAUACAUCUCCCAUAAUGCUGGCAAAGAAUCAGGUGAAAGGUAGCCCACAGCAUACGCAGUGCCGAAAGUCAUCUACAACUGGUUCACAUAAAACCCAUAGGCAGUGCUCUGAGACUCCAGGUAAUAUACCAAAAUCAUCAUCCUGUAAGAAGACACCGGGCUAUGGUGGCAUGCUGCCUAGAAUGUCCUUUAAUUCUCCAUUAGUUUGUUCACAUUAUUCGCAGGGCUAGUUACUAAAGUAAAAACUUACAGUGUAUUUAAAACUUAAUAUCAAAAUAGCCAAUCUCGAAGAAUUCAGCUAUGCUUUCAUUUUGCCUGCUUUAGCUUUAAAUGUGGACUCCACUUUGAAUGUUUAAUUUACUGAAUAACCAAGUUAAUAAUUUUGGAGACCAGAUUAUUUUUUUAGUAAAUAAGUGUUGUUUUAAAGCUUUCCUGAUCCAUUUGAAAUUUCAUGUUUUCCACUUGAUGCUGUUGUGCAAAAUAAAUGAUCAGAAACUGGGUGAGAGCCCAUUGCCAUUCUGAAUGGGAGAAGAGCACUAGAUGCAACUUUGGGGUUUAACCGUUCGUAAACAGUUUAACUCCUGAAGGUACUCAUUUACAGAUUUAUUUAACCAAUCAUUGUUAACAGGAGUAGUCCCAGAAGAUUUGAAGUUAGCUAAUGUUGUGCCCAUUUACAAGAAAGGUAAUAGGGAGGAGUCGGGCAACUAUAGAACAGUAAGCCUUGCUUCAGUAGUGGGGAAAGUAAUGGAAACCAUGUUAAAGGAUAGGAUUGUUGAACAUCUAAAAUCACAUGGAUUUGAAGAUCAGAGACAACAUGUAUUUACUUGCUAAACUAAUCUUAUUGCUUUUUUUUCUUUAUUAGGUACCAGUAACUAAAAUAAUAGAUCAGGGUGGUGCAGUAGACAUUGCUUACCUAGAUUUCAGUAAAGCUUUUGACACUGUUGCACAUAGAAGGCUUAUCAAUAAACUGCAAUCUUUAAGUUUGGAUUCCAAUAUUGUUGAAUGGGUAAGGCAGUGGCUGAGUGACAGGCAACAGAGGGUUUUAGUCAAUAGAGUAUAUUCAAAGCAUGGUCUUGUCGCCAGUGGGGUACCUCAGGUAUCUGUAUUUGAACCCAUUCUCUUUAAUAAUGUUAUUAGUGAUAUUGCAGAAGGUCUUGAUGGUAAGGUAUGUCUUUUUGCUGAUGAUACUAAAAUUUGCAACAGGGUUGAUGUUCCAGGAGGGAUAAGCCAAAUGGCAAAUGAUUUAGGUAAAUUAGAAAAAUGGUCAGAAUUGUGGCAACUGACAUUUAAUGUGGAUAAGUGCAGGAUAAUGCAUCUUGGACGUAAAAACCCAAGAGCAGAAUAUACAAUAUUUGAUACCCUACUAACCUUAAUAUCUGAGGAAAAGGAUCGAGGAGAAGGAUUAUUUCAGAUGACUUAAAGGUAGGCAGACAAUGUAAUAGAGCAGCAGGAAAUGCUAGCAGAAUGCUUGGUUGUAUAGGGAGAGAUAUUAGCAGUAGAAAGAGGGAAGUGCUCAUGCCAUUGUACAGAACACUGGUGAGACCUCACUUGGAGUAUUGUACACAGUACUGGAGACCGUAUCUUCAGAAGGAUAUUGAUACCUUAGAGAGGGUUCAGAGAAGGGCUACUAAACUGGUUCAUGGAUUGCAGGAAAAGCUAAAUGAUCUUAACAUGUAUAGCUUGGAGGAAAGACGAGACAGGGGGGAUAUGAUAGAAACAUUUAAAUAUAUAAAGGGAAUCAACACAGUAAAGGAGGAGACUAUAUUUAAAAGAAGAAAAACUACCACAGCAAGAGGACAUAGUCUUAAAUUAGAGGGGCAAAGGUUUUAAAAUAAUUUCAGGAAGUAUUAUUUUACAGAGAGAGUAGUGGAUGCAUGGAAUAGCCUUCCAGCUGAAGUGGUAGAGGUUAACACAGUAAAGGAGUCUAAGCAUGCGUGGGAUGGGCAUAAGGUUAUCCUAGCUAUAAGAUAAGGCCAGGGACUAAUGAAAGUAUUUAGAAAAUUGGGCAGACUAGAUGGGCCGAAUGGUUCUUAUCUGCUGUCACAUUCUAUGUUAAGGUAAGAUUUCUCCAGAGGGACUCAGAGCACCACAAGGCAUCAUCAUAACUUCAUUUAGAUUAAGUUUUUAUGAUGCCUAUGCUUUCCCUUUUAAUGCCCAGUGAUGGCACAGACUGUUGUGUAGUAAAAGUACUACUAGAGGUUAAAUACCUGCUUUGUACCAUGGAACCCCAGGUAUCUUUCAAUUCCUGGGGGUCUCUGCUAUCAACUGGGGCCAGAAUUAGUGGCCCCAAGCUGACUUAUGCUCUAUUGGGAGAUUUCAGGAAUUUAAAAAAGGAUUUAGAUCCAUAUUGUUACAGCGUGUUUGAAUUCAUGCUCAUACCAGGAAACUCAGAUAUUAACCCCUUAAGGACUGAGCCAAAUGUACACGUUGUGAACAAAACAAAAUGUAAACAAAACCUGGCAUUUGCGCUACAUGUCUGUCAAACCGUAAUUCACCUCUUUCAUAUUAAAUGCACCCAUCCUUAUUAUAUAUCAUUUUAUUCAGGGGAAACAGGGCUUUCAUUUAAUAUCAAAUAUUUAGCUAUGAAACAUAAUUUAAUAUGAAAACAAUGGGAGAAAAUACGAUUUUUUUUUUUUUAGUUCUGCAUGACAUUUUAACUGUCAAUGUCUUAAUACUGUUUGCUUUUACUGCAAUAAAAUACACAUAUUUGUAUUCAGCAAAGUCUCACGUUUAAAACAGUACCCCCUAUGUACAGGUUUUAUGGCGUUUUGGGAAGUUACAGGGUCAAAUAUAGCAAGUUACAUUUGAAAUUGAAAUUCGCUAGAUUGGUUACGUUGCCUUUGGGACUGUAUAGUAGCCCAGGAAUGAAAUUUACACCCAUAGUGGCAUACCAUUUGCAAUAGUAGAUAACCCAAGGUAUUGCAAAUGGGGUAUGUCCAGUCCUUUUUAGUAGCCAUUUGGUCACAAACACUGGCCAAAGUUGGCGUUAGUAUUUGUUUGUGUGUGAAAAAUGCAAAAAAACGCCAAUUUUGGCCAGUGUUUGUGACUAAGUGGCUACUAAAAAAGACUGAACAUACCCCGUUUGCUCCAGGAUAUACUGUGACGAUAAUAUUUUUCAAUUCACGCUUUAGAAAAUAAACAGAAUUGUACCCUAUCAUUGGUUGUAUAUUGGAACAGGGAAUAUCCCUGCAUAUGUACAUGUAUAUGUAUGUUAUACUUCAAAAAUGCUACCUUCACUGUUUGUCUGAUGUGGGCCUGCGAGCCCUGAAAUUUAUCGUACCUGAUUGCUAAUAAAAACUUGAUUAACAAAAAAAAAAAAAUAUACCCCAUUUGCAAUACCUUGGGUUGUCUACUAUUGCAAAUGGUAUGCCAUCAUAGGGGUAAUUUUCGUUCUUGGGCUACCAAAGGGUCUCAAAGGCAACAUAACCAAUCUGGCGAAUUUUAAUGUGAAAAAAAUGAAACACAAGCCUUAUAUUUGACGCUGUAACUUUUGAAAACACCAUAAAACCUGUACAUGAGGGGUACUGUUGUACUCGGGAGACUUCGCUGAACACAAAUAUUUGUGUUUCAAAACAGUAAAAGGUAUCACAGCAAUAAAAUCGUCCGUGUAAGUGCUGUUUGUGCGUGAAAAAUGCCCAAAAAGUCACUUUUACUGGCGAUAUCAUCGUUGUAAUACAUUUUACUGUUUUGAAACACUAAUAUUUGUGUUCAGCGAAGUCUCCCGAGUAGAACAGUACCCCCCAUGUACAGGUUUUAUGGUGUCUUGAAAAGUUAUAGGGUUAAAUAUAGUGCUAGCAAAUUAAAUUCCCUUUACUUUCGGCAUGGGUUGUCAGGCAGGUCCUGCUAAUUGUAAUUAGCGAUUGCCGGCGUGGGAUCGCCGGCGACCGGGUAAGUAAAAAAAACAAAAAAAAAACGGAGGGCGUACUAUUACGCACGGUGGCGUUUAGAGCCGCCUAAAAUAGGGCGUAAUAGUACGCCCUCCGGUCUGAAGGGGUUAAGAUACCUGAGGCUCCCCUUUGUCAGCUGCGGCCAUGUUUAGUGUCCGGUAAGCUGCAAGAAGAGUGAGAUUGACAUACAGCUCAUUAAAUGGGGAUUUAAAUCCCCAUAGAUGGCAGUGUAGUGUGAGCAGGGUUAAAUAGUGUCCCCAGACUGACAGGUGAGCUGCAUGCAAUGCUGAAAGUCAGCACUGCCUAUAGCAUUUUAAAUCCACAGAGAACACUGUAGCUGAGCCCUCAAGCUAAGACACAGUAAUUAUCUCACUGGAUAUAGUUAUUGGGAGACUCUUCAGACCCAGGGUAGACUGUAAGCUCGUUUGAGCAGGACCCUCUUCAACCCUUUGUUUCUGUGAGUUUUCUUGUAAUUGUCCUAUUUAUAGUCAAAUCCCCCCUCUAAUAAUAUUGUAAAGUGCUACGGAAUCUGUUGGCGCUAUAUAAAUCGCAUUAUGCUCCAAUGGCAUUUUGAUCAGUGCUGGGCUUUCAGUCGCCCAGCACUGAUUACAAUGCGUUGGGCAUACUAUAUUCAACGUUAAAGAUAUAAAGCUGUCAUACUGAAAAUAGCCAGUAGGUGACAGCAAUAUACCACUCUCCUUGGGUUUAAAAUUCUCUUGGCUAAUAUCCGUAUUUAGGAUUGAUUUAGGGAUUAAAUUUAUGGCUUAAUAUUGGAUUUAGAAUAAAUAUUAUGUUUAUUAUUAGAUUUAUAUUUAAAAUUGGUUUGUAAUUGAAUUUUAGGAUUGGAAUUAUGUUUCAGAUUAGGGCCAGGAAGGGAAUUAAUCUGCUGACAUCAGCAGAGGGAAUCCUUCUAACCCUAUUUAUAGGGUUAGGAUUAUUCGAUUUAGAGUUAGAUUGGGGAUUAGGAUUUGGUUUAGGAUUAAGGGUUACAUUUGUUACUUUGCAAAGGUAUACAUAUUGUUUAUUACAAUGGGACACGUGAGGAAAAACAACAUAAAAACACAAUAAUGUAUAUGUAAAUACUGAAAAAAAUGAGUACCACAAAAUGUCACAUCAAUAAACCUCAAAAUAUAUUCAUUUUGGCAAAUGGUAAGCAUUUAUGGAGUAAUUUAAAUACAUGAGCUACUAAAAUGCAUCAUAGACCCAUCUUCAAUUUGUCAUUUAAAAAAACAAAAACAAAAAAAAACAAUGGGCAGGUUAUAAAUUUAGAAUUUUUACCACAAACUCGACAAGAGUAUUUGAAGGGUGUAAUUCUGUACUCAUGAGAUAUAGCUGACCAUAAUUUAAUGAUUUUUAAUACAUUAGAACAGAUCAAGUUUAUAAAAUAAACUGCAAAAUGGCAACGUGAAUGUGAAAAAAACAAAAUUAAAAUGCUAUAAACUAAAAGAAAUUGGUGCUAAAAUGGCUGUAUAAUAAGGCUCAAAAUAUACCAUGACAUCCCGUGGUGUCUGCUUGACCUGUGAAACUGCUACAAUGUCCCAAAAUGUGGAAUGGGCCCAUCAAAUUCACCAAUAAAAAUUCAUAUUGUAAAACUGAAAUAGUCAAGUCUAUUAUAUGCCAAAGGCAUACAUACAUACAUGUUUAGUGUCCGGUAAGCCGCAAGAAGAGUGAGAUUGGCAUACAGCUCUUUAAAUGGGGAUUUAAAUCCCCAUAGAUGGCAGUGUAGUGUGAGCAGGGUUAAAUAGUGUCCUCAGACUGACAGGUGAGCUGCAUGCAAGUAUCCAAAAACCCUUAGGUAUAAAUUGUCUGCAUGUCUUCUUUUAUAUAAAUAGAUACUUUUCUAUGGCAAUUUUGUUUUAUGUUAUGGCUAUUAACCUCUUAAAAAUGGAGGCACUUGUUCAAGUUUUGAACCAAAACCUGGAAUUUGCGCAAUAAGUCUGUUCAACCAUAAUUUACCUCUUUCAUAUUACGUGCACUCACACUUAUUAUAUAUUAUUUUGCUCAGGAGUUGGGCUUUCAUUUGGUGACAAAUAUUUAUAUAUAAAACAUAACUUAAUAUGAAUAAAAUCUAAAGUGUGAGACAUUAAGAAAUUUAGUAGUAUUCUAAAAUCUGCAUGGCAUUUUAACUGUGGAAGUCAUAACACUGUUAGCUUUUACUGCAACUAUCAUUCACAUAUUUGUUCACAAGUACAAGUAGUGUAUGUUUGUUUUUGACUUUUUAUUUUAAUAAUUAUUUGCUUUUAUUAAUUAAAUGUUGGAGAAUCUGCUUGAAAAGCUAAGCAAUCACUCUGUCAAUCGUGCUGAUCAGAGUCAUGUGAUCAGUGUCAUCGUGAUCACAUGACUGAUCUUGUGAUCAGUUGUCAGGCAGUCCCCCGAUUGGAUCUAGGGAGGAAGGCAAGUAUACAUGCUGACGGGAGGGCCCAAUUGUUAGGGCAUGCUCUGUCGCCCUAAUGGCGCUAAAGCCUUCCUUAUACUAGUAUGUGCUUUGUAAAUCAGAUCAAAUAGUGAAGCUGAAGAAAAGUAAUUCAAAAUAAAUUAAUCUAAUUAUGUACACAUUAUUACUGCCAAAGGGUAGUUUUUAUUUUUAUUUUAGUGCAUUUUAAAAAUAAAUAAAUUAGAAUGUAUAGAUGUAUAUGUACACAACAAAUUAAAGCCCUAUUUGUCCUGUAAAAAAUGUUAUGUAAUAUGAGUUGGUGCAGUAUAUUAGAAGGAUAGAAAUUGUGGUUGAACACACGCUGAUUUGGUUCUUACGUGAAAAUCAAAUUAAAGGAACACUAUAGGGUCAGGAACACAAACAUGUAUUCCUGAUCCUAUAGUGUUAAAAUCGCCAUCAAGCCCCCUCUUGCCUCCCUAAAUAUAGUAAAAUCUUACUUGUAUUCAGUACUGCCUCUGCCCCUGACCUGCCUGCUUGCCUGACACAUCAGUAGUGAUUCUCUGAACUAAUAAAAAUUCUUUCGAAUAGGAUUGGCUGAGACAGUCAAGGAGGCAUAUCAGGGGCAGAGCUAGCACAAGCCAAACACAGCCCUGGCCAAUCAGCAUCUCCUAAUUGGGAUGAAUUAAAUCAAUGCAUCUCUAUAAGGUUGGGCUUGACAAAUUUGUUUGGAAUCUGGGAGCCAACUAACAAAGUUAGGAGCCAGCCAUUUUCAACAGGGAAAAUGUAAUUCCUAAAGGGAUACUAUAGUCACCAGAACCACUACAGCUUGAUGUACUUGUCCUGGUGUCUAUAGCCUGUCCCUAUAGGCUUUUUAGUGAAAAGGCAGUGUUUAAAUUGCUGUUUAGUAACGCCUUUAGUGACCGUCACUGAGACUGCAACUAGUCCUGGGUCACUGCUGCACCACUUGCAGCACCCACAUUCAGGGUAUCUAAGCUCUGCAUUGAGGUGCUGAAUGUUCCUUGUAGAAAUUCAUUAAUUUAUUGCAUCUCUAUGAGGAAAUGCGGAUUGGCACAUUUGCUGCGCAUGCACAAAAUCCAGAGGAAAAGCAUUGGCUUAGCUGAGAUCAUAGAGAUUGAUAAUCUCAGCCAUGGAGGUGGGACCAGCCGCGGCAAACUGACAUGAGAAAAAAAUGUGAGUAAAAACACCUUCCCCAUGCGAUCAGAAUGGGCAGGUGCCCAGACGCACACACUGACACGCUCCCACUCUGGCCGGCACACACACACACUCACUCUGAGAGGCUCAGGCACAAACACUCAUGCACACACACACAUUCUGACAGACUCACAAACACUCACAUGCACACUCAUUCUGACAGGCUCACACGCACACUCUGACAGGCUCAAACACAUGCACAUGCAGACUCAUUCUGACAGGCUCACACAGACCCACAUGCACACUCACUCUGACAGGCUCACAAACAAUCACUUUUUGUUUUAAUUAAAAUAUACUCCGCCUCCCUACCUUUGGUAGAGCUGAGUGGAUUUGUCCCUGGGGUCCAGUGGAGCUCCCUCUCUCUUCCUGCGUGCGAGGGAGCAGUAAUCCAUCUUCAUCUCCUCUCUGCUACCUUGCGCUCUGUAGUGAUGCCGAGGGCUGGAGUGUCGUCAUAUUCCGGCUUCUGGCAUCAUUAGACGGCACGAGGGAGUAGAGAGGAGCUGCAGGCAGAGUACUGCUUCCUCACACGCCGCCUACAAUGCCCCUGUGGGUGGCCGAAUCCAUGCUGCCUUAGCCGGCCACCUCCAUCCUCCUGACAGUGGCUGGCUCCAUGUUGCCUCAGCAGGCUUCCUCCAUCCUCCUCAGGGCAGCUGGCUCCAAUAUUCCCCCAAAGCUGGCAAAUUUGUCGAGCCCUGCUAUAAGGAAAGUUUUAGUGUCUCCAUGCAAAGGGUGAAGACACUGAAUGUCAGUCACACUGUGCAACACUACCCCAGGGAGCACCUCUAGUAGCCAUCUGAGGAGUGGCCAGUGGAGGUAUCCCUGGACUGUAAUGUAAGCACUGCAUUUUCUCUGAAAAGACAGUGUUAACUGCAAAAACCCCGAAAAGACUAAUUCUACUUACCAGAACAAAUGCAAUACGCUGUAGUUGUUCUGGGGAUUAUAGUGUCCCUUUAAGCUUGGUCCUGGAGGGGUUAAAAAAUUGUCAUCGUAACAGAGCUGUAUAAAUGCUAAUAUUUCACCUAAACAUCUCGAUCUCUGAAUGCAGCACAAUACCAGUAGACGUUUGUGUAAAGAUCUCUUCAUUUGAACAGAACGAGACACAAAUCAGAACAGGUUUAUUUUAAAAAAAUUUUUAAUUCUUUAUUUUUCACGUGCAUGAGAGUAACAGGCAUUCACACUGUGCCAAAACAGCAAAAGCAAGACAAGUAUUAACAAUAGGCUUAACAGUGGAGGCAUAUAGGCAGAACUACGCACAUUUUUUUUUUUUUUUGGAAAUCAAGAGUGAUGCACGUUUAAACUUAGAACAAAAACAUUAUUAAAGGAAAGACAGGUUGAGUAACAAGCUACACAUCUUGCAUGUCUAGGUCUAGCUGGUUGUGCAGGGUCGUGAGUAGUUUACACUGUUUGACAGAUAUACAAGGCAAUGCUGUCGUUAUAAACCUGCUAGUCUUUCAAGAUAAUGAGAGUAAUAUAGGUAACUACAGGUUACAUAAUGCAAGCUGGCAUGUCUAGGAUGAGAAAAGAUGCUGUGCUCAUAGAAGAGAAAGUUUGACUAGGCUUAAUGAUUGAUAAAAUGCAAGCUUAUACUACAUGAGUACCAUGUUAAAAAAGCAGUCUAAUAAAGCCUAUCUAGACAUGUAUUGGGGCACAGCCUCUCCAUUACUGAAAACUACUCAGACAUUGAGCUUUAGUACCACUGGGCAUUCAUGACAUACAAGAAAAUGCAGCUCACAAACAAUGGCAAUUGAAAAUCGAUGGCUGUACAGUCAGCCUAUACCCAUUGCUGGCAGGCUCAGCAGGUGGAGUGUUCUGGUGGCAACAGAGCUCCAGGAGUGAUGUUGUGCAUCUCUCCAGCCCCAGGCCGGCAUCAGCGUGCCACUCCAGGAGUGAUGUGGUGUAUCUCUCCAGGCCGGCAUCAGCGUGCCACUCCAGGAGUGAUGUGGUGUAUCUCUCCAGCCCCAGGCCAGCAUCAGCGUGCCACUCCAAGAGUGAUGUGGUGCAUCUCUCCAGCCCCAGGCCGGAAGGCAGGCCGGCAUCAGCAUGCCACUCCAGGAGUGAUGUGGUGUAUCUCUCCAGCCCCAGGCCGGCAUCAGCGUGCCACUCCAGGAGUGAUGUGGUGCAUCUCUCCAGCCCCAGGCCGGAAGGCAGGCCGACAUCAGCGUGCUACUCCAGGAGUGAUGUGGUGCAUCUCUCCAGUCCCAGGCCGGCAUCAGCGUGCCACGGACUCGGAGGUUCAAAGAAUCCCAGUCCAUCUCCACUUGGGAGAGACAGAGGGCCUGGAUGCUGUGCCGCCUAGAAGAGCAGUGGAUCCUCUGUCCAUGCGGUUGAUGCUGUGGGGUAAGACCCCUGGUGGGCCUCGGCACGGGUGGGCUAGCAGUGGUAGGUAGGUGAGGGCGAUGAGAUUGAUUCCCGGAGGUAGCUCACUCACCUCCUGGUCUACAUCCCCCUGAGACUGAGGUUCUGCAGCCGACUGGCGCGCUUCUAGGGAUUUCCAGAAGCGAUCAAAGAGAUGGGGUUUUUUCACAGCGUGAUGUAUAGGCCCAUAUUCCACGGUAGAGAUUUCAGCUGCCGUCUUGUCGGAAGAUCCUGUGAUUUAUAUCAUCGCUGGUACUACCACAGUGUAGAAAACUGUAUGCCAGUGGGGAUAAGGAUAACCAUAACCCUCACCCUUCCCCCUCUCCAGUCCAGAGGGGAUUGCCUUGCAGGUGUUUGGAGGCACGGUGAUCGGCAAGACGAGAGAUCGGACGCCGAGCAACGCCACCAGGCCUCACCAAGAUUGUCGUCCACACUGCCAGACGAUGCUUGGUUGAAAGGAUUAAUGCAGAAUCAAGCCUGGAGCUCUGACAAAACAUGACCAGCCGCCAUGAGGGUUUAACCCCGCCCUGAGCGAGCUUAUUUUUAUGCUGAUUUUUUUUAUUUUCAUUUAUGGAUUUAUUUUUAAUGCCUUACGGCUAGGAGUUAGAAGUGAUUGACUGAGCAUGUCCUUUAUGUGCCCAAGACCUUCACUCACACACUCUUGCGUGUAUUGCCUCAGAAAAGGAGUGCUUAAAUGGGCCACUGGCAUUUACUUUUUGAUCUAUGCCUUCCUAUGUUUGGCGUGUCAUCUGCACAUUACGUGUCCAUAAUCAUCCACGAAUGCUGUUAGGUAGAGAGUUGGACUCUGCAAGAAGAUCAAAGCUUCCCAGAUGGUGCUGUUUGUGCUCAGAACUAUCAUCUGUUUCCAUUUUUGCUUUAACUGUUUAAGAUUUUUGGCAUUUCUUAAUACACAUUAAAAAUUCAUCAUUCCAUGUCUUGAAUUAAAACGAGUCUAAAGAAAUCAUGAUGAAUGUGAAAUUAAUCAGUUUUACCCUAUAAAACUUUCUAUGUCACAGAGGAGUUAAAAGGAUUGCAUUUGUUGGUUUUUGGAGCUGAGAGGGUUAAUGUUGUGUACGCAAGUUGUAGGUAGGAUGUUCUAAGUUGCGAAAUGGCUGGGAUGUUGUGUUGCAGGGGUAAUUGUUUGUAUUUAUUGAGUUAUUUUAGUUCUAAGCCUUAUGGGUUUAUAGGAACAUUAUACGCACCCAGACCACGUCAACUCAGUGAUGUAUCGCAAUGUAUUGCCAUGUUUUAACCCUGCAGCUGAAAACCUUGCCUUUCUACAGUGACUAAAAUGGGGUAACUGAUACUUGAAAUAUGCUUAUAUAGCUUAAAGGACCACUAUAGUGCCAGGAAAACAUACUCAUUUUCCUGGCACUAGAGUGCCCUGAGGGUGCCCCCACCCUCAGGGUCCCACUCCUGCCGGGCUGGAUGGCAAGGAAAGGGGUUAAACUAACCUUUUUUCCAGCGCCGGGCGGGGAGCUCUCCACCUCCGAUCCUCCUCUUCGGCUGAAUGCGCAUGCGCGGCAGGAGCUGCGCGCGCAUUCAGCCAGUCUCAAAGGAAAGCAUUCAUAAUGCUUAUUAAUGUUUAUUUUAAAAAAAAGGGUUAAUCCUAGAGGGACCUGGCAACAGACCACUUCAUUAAGCUGAAGUGGUCUGGGUGCCUAGAGUGGUCAUUUAAAGAACAGCUCUCUUCUGUUUGUGCGUGUAUUUAUAUAUAUCUUCAAAACUUUCUUACAUUGUGGAUCUCUAAAUAUCCUAAUUAAAGGACCACUAUAGUGCCAGGAAAACAUACUCGUUUUCCUGGCUCUAUAGAGCCCUGAGGGUGCCCACACCCUCAGGGACCCCCUCCCGCCCGGCUCUGGAAAGGGGAAAGGGGUUAAAACUUACCUUUUUCCAGCGCUGGGCGGGGAGCUCUCUGCCUCCUCUCCUCCUCCGUUCCUCCUCCUGGGCUGAAUGCGCACGCGCGGCAAGAGCUGCGCGCGCAUUCAGCCCGUCGCAUAGGAAAGCAUUUACAAUGCUUUCCUAUGGACGCUUGCGUGCUCUCACUGUGAAAAUCACAGUGAGAAGCACGCAAGCGCCUCUAGUGGCUGUCAAUGAGACGGCCACUAGAGGAUUUGUGGGAAGGCUUAACCCAUUCAUAAACAUAGCAGUUUCUCUGAAACUGCUAUGUUUAUAAAAAAAAAAAAAUGGGUUAACCCUAGAAGGACCUGGCACCCAAACCACUUCAUUAAGCUGAAGUGGUCUGGGUGCCUAGAGUGGUCCUUUAAGGCAGCCAUAUUUUGUUUAGCCACGCCCCCUGCCCUCGGCUCAUUUUGAGAAUGACAAGCUAUCAGAUGGUAGUGUAGAACACUCCCUCCACAAACAAGGUGCUUAACCAGACCUCAGUCAAUAGAACAAACAGGAAUGUGUGUAAAUAGGCAGAUUUAUCGAACACAGUAACAUUUCAACCUCAGCCUAUUUGCACACCUUGUUUGUUCCAAGCUGUCCGAUAGUGUCACUGGUGUCAAAAUGCCAUAAAGUGGAAAACGUUCAUUCAAAUGUAAUAUAAGGUUAAAGUUCCUUUAGAUAUAAAAAAAAACACACACAAAACUAUAUAUAAUUUUGUAUUUUUAUUUUUUUAUUAUUGAUUUAAUGCCAGAAGACAAUUAACGUCUGAAGAAAAUGUGUUCUCAUUCUUCAGUUAUUUUGUGUUUAAAAGUCCAAAUAUAACCUCUGAGCCACGAGUGCCAAACAGCUGCACAUUGUUGACAAAAGAAAAAUAAUUGCUGCUUCAUUGUAACACAGACUUACUAACAAAUGUCUGUAACUUCAUGGGCUGCAGGUUUCUGUCAAAGCUCUGUAUCCUGAAAUAAACAGGAAAGCUUUUAAAGGGACUCAUUUAGUCUGUUCUGGUGCAGGAAGCUCCCUUGCCCAUAUUCUCCUUUCAUUAUGUUGCUGAUAACUGCAACUUUUUACACAACGCUACAGUUACACCCUCACCUGUUCCAUCAGGGUCUUAACUAACUUCUAAUACUCCUGUCAGGGCUUUCUAUGAGAGAAACUGUAUGUCGCCCGCACCUAUUCAUUGCCAUGAGUAGUUACCAUAACUGUAACAAACCUCAUGCAGUUGCAAUGCAAAUUGUAUUGGCUUCCAUGUUCAUUUUGUGUCUUUUCUUGAUGUAAACUACUGAACUACAUAUUCCAUUCAGGUAAUAAAAUAAUCCAUGUAUGCAUCUGUUUAUUAAUGCACUUUCUUUGUAAUAAAUUGAGUCCUACUACUGCAGCCUGGAGUACAAGAAAAUAGAAUGUAAAAAAACAUUACCUUAGGUUAAAUAAAACAAAGUUAUUUACAUUUAUUUUUUCUUUUAACUUCUGUGCAGCUAAUAUACUUUAAUUGCAUUAUAUUCGUAAUGGUCUUGUAGCAGCCAUAUUGUUCCCUCUAUCAUUUACUGACGUGCCAAGCUGUGGGCCUGCAGCUCAGACUCCCUCUCUCAGAGCUGGAGAGGUAUAGAACAGUGUAUGCAGUCUAGAAAAAUAUAAAAACACGUUGGUAGGAAAAAUGUAGUCACUUCAGGUGAUUGCACUCUAGGAAAAUAAAAGGAAAGGCACAUUCCUGACACACUUUCAAUUAGCAAAUCUGUCCAUUUUUGAAUGGCUAUCCGAAGUCCGUAUCCCAUUUAAUGGAAGAAUAGAUGCCAAAACACGUUUUCUCUCAUCUUUUCAUUUGACAUUGGAAGUGACAAUGAAAUUGGAAGCUACCUUUUAAGGAUAUUCCCGUAGCCCAUUGGGGAAAAAAAAGUGUACCUUUAAAGUACACCCGCCAUUGAUGUCGGUGUACUGAACAUGCCUACGGGCGCCCAAUUAAUAAACGUUCCCACUUGCAUAGAAAUGAAUGGGAAACCAAGGGUUGGCAGCCAUAUCUGACACUUUGUGGUUGAAGGCGGCCUCACUGAAAAAAGUUCAGAUCCUGGCAAUUGCUGCAACAGAGGCACCUCUUUAGGUAAGGUACUAAGUGUAGAUCCAUUGCCUAAUAUUUAACCUUGUUGGCUCCUGCCAGAGUUACAUUGUCUAAUCCAGCAGUGAAGGGGUCAAUGUGCUCUUCUCUUAUUUUCCUUUGCUCCUUCCUCAAUGUCUUGUAACUCUGUGGGGAAGAUUACAAAUCUGGAUGGAACUGGCGGGCUUUGUAGCCAUUCCAGGUCCUAAUUUAUUUUCCGAAGCUUCAUUAAAUCUGGUUCACUAUUUUUGGAAAUAAAUAGUCAUGAAAAACCUGAAACAUUUGCCAGAAUCAAGACCUUUCUUUGGUCUUUCCUGCGUGAAUUCCGGAAAAACAGCUGCAUGGAAUUCGACAGAACUGGCAGUUUUAGUUUGUUCUGAAAACUCUUCAACCUGUACUUCUUGCGCGCCCAGCGGCUUUUCAAACAUAUAAAAUAAGGCUUGGGUUAUGACACCUUAUAAAAUUAAGUAAAUAACUAAUAAGUUCUUCAACUUCCUUUAUGUGAUUUGGCACGUUACUAUUUAUUUUUUUAGCAGGCUGUUGCUAAUUCCUUAUUAUUUCCUGGACUAUAGGAGGUCAUUUGGAGAUGAUCUACCGUUCACUAGCCACCAGAGAUGCAAUAGUUUAACUGGACCUAAUUCUACUCUUCUCCUGGGCUCCAUGCUAGAGGAACAGUCACAUAUAGGGUUCUUAUGUGCCUUUUUAAAAUUUACUUUUAUUAUUUACAUUGUGUGCCAAACUGUCCUGGCACAGCCAAGGCAUACAAUGCAAAUUAACUCAACAUGGUUCCUGACAGAGGGCUACCAUUAGAGCACAUUCGUCAUGUUGCACUGGUGAUGUAAUGCCAUAGCACACUUUAUAACUGAUGCCUAGGUUCACACAUUAUGGCAAUGAGGUGGUGCAGCAGAGACCCGGGAGUGCUCAUUGUAUGUUAUACAUGUUCCAAUAGUAAACGAGUAACUAGCGCUUACUAAAGUGAGGAGACACAGAGCUUUCACUAGGAGAGAAGUUUCAAUUUUAAAGGAAUACAUUUAUUUAUAACACCACAGUGUUGUAAAGUGUAAUAAGAUCACUGAGCCUUCCAAUCCAGUGAGAUUAAGAGGUUACUUCUAAACCACGGGUGAGAGGGUAGCUCCUCAAGGCAGCUCCAGUCCACCCCUGGAUGGUCAUCGCUAGUGAUGGACUCCCAGCCAUUUCUAGCGCUUUUUUUAGAGAAGCAUUGGGAGACGGGAUACAUGCACAGCAAUCGCUGUGUUACUCUGGCAGUGCUACUCAUAGAGAAUCCAGAAACAUGCGAGAAAGCCUCCCCCUCCCCCCCCCAGCGCUUAUUAAAGUAAUAAAGUGGGGACGCGCUGCAGUGCUUUAAGGGUUUGGUGUGUUUAGUUAUAUUUUUGAGAUUGUUAGACUACAAUUCGUGCCCUGCUCAGCCACACUGAUAGUCUUCCUUAAUGAAUGCUGAGGAUCAUGUGACAUAUCCUUUCCAUAUAGGAUUUAUCUUAGGUUAUUGUACUAAUCUAAACCUUCUCCCCUGAAGAAAUGAGCAGAAAAUGUCUAGUAUGAAAGGUCACAUGGUGAAUAUUCUAGGGUGUACGGCCUGGAAAAUAUGAGUAAGGUUUGUUUGAGAUGAAAGGGUGAUUAAUACGUGGAGUAUUUGGACUUGUAAUAUAAGAAAGGCGUUUAUCACACGCUAAUAAAGAGGCAGCAGGUUUUAUAUAAGGACACUGCCAAGUCUUUUACAUUGCUUUUUCGUGGUCCCGUCAGACUAUAGUGUAUGUCGGACUGGAUAAUCAGACUCCUGCCUGUAAUAUAACCCGAUAAACUUCACUCUGACUCUACAACUGGUUGCAGGCAAGGCACAGACAGGGCUUUUCAUGCAAAAACACAUGUUCCCAUGAUCCUUUGGUACAAUAAAACAGCGUUGGAGUAUUUGAUUAUUUACUAUAAUGUUGCCUGUAUGUGGCUUUUAUGAUGAAUGUUGAAGGCUAUAGUUUUUUUAUUUACUUUUUUAACCCCACCUCUGCCAAUAAAAUGUAUAUGUGGGUUAACAUCCACUGCAAAAUAUAACCCAUAAAGCUCUAAUGCCUUUCUAUUUGUUCUGAAUUUUUUUUUUAAAGCUUGUAUUGAAGAAGAACAACUCUCUUCCCAUGAUCCUUUCUGCCCUGGUGUAUCUCCUCAAAGGGUCUUUCUCACCUCCAGCACAAAAUAUUACAUUUCAAGGACAAACCACAUUAAGUACAGAAUAGAGAUGAUUGUUGUAGCACUGUGGAGUAUACCAACAUCUAGUUUACUGUACUUACUGUAUGUAGGCCUUCUUUUUAAAAUCUAUUGACCUUUUCCAAUUUCCUGCAUUUGGUAGCUGUAUUAUUAAAGGAACACUAUAGGGUCAGGAACACCAACCUGUAUUCCUGACCCUAUAGUGUUAAAACUACAAUUUACACUGAACAAAAUUAUAAACGCAACACUUUUGUUUUUGCCCCCAUUUUUCAUGAGCUGAACUCAAAGAGCUAAGACUUUUUAUAUUGAUUCAAUGCAUCCCUAUGCAGAGAUUCUAAUUGACCAAACCGGCGUUUUGUCCCACCACUGCCCUGCCUCCUUGACGAUCUUGGGCCAAUCCAAUGCAUUUCCUGUUUGAAAGCAUUGGAUUGGUUGACGAUCUGGCCUUUUAUGGUGGCCAGCCUAAGGCACACUUUUGCAAUAAUCAUACUGUCUAAUUAGCAGCUUGAUAUGCCACACCUGUGAGGUGGAUGGAUUAUCUCUGCAAAUCUCGGCAAAGGAGAAGUGCUCACUAACACAAAUUUAAACAGAUUGUGAACAAUAUUUGAGAGAAAUUGGCCUUUUGUGUACAUAGAAAAAGUCUUAGAAAAUUGGGGGGCAGAAGCAUGUGUUGCAUUUAUAAUUUUGUUCAGUGUAGUUAGCUUGUACCCAGAUAAGGUACCUUAUUUCCACUGGCUCCACCCUGAGCCCCAGGAAGCACCUCUAGUGGCAGUCUGAGAAGUGGCCACUGGAGGCGUCCCUAGGAAGCAACAUAAAAACUGCAAUGUGUCUGAAAAGGCAGUGUUUACAUUAAAAAGCCUGCAGGGAGUGACUAUACUCAACAGAACAACUACAUUUAAGCUGUAGUUGUUCUGGUGACUAUACUGUCCCUUUAAGCAUGCCAUCAGAUUUCUUACAAAAAAGAAAAGGGGGGGGGAGGAGCAAGACAUUUGACCAAACUUAAUUUUCUGUUUUGAUUUGUGCAUUCUGUAUGCAACCAAAGUGAUAUUUCGAAUACACUGAAAAUCUUUCUGGUCCUGUCUGAAUUGAAAAUGAAAAAUCGGGGAUACACUCUUCUGGAAAAAAAGAGGAUUCGCUUUUCAGAAAGUUAAUCUGCUUUAGGGGUGUGAACACUUUUUGUUUGGCUUUUUUUAUUCCUUUACAGCUUCAUUGUAGGAUUCCCAUUGGUCAUCCCAGUCUGAUUCGUAUCUUGUAUUUGUGAUUUCUCAGUGAUGUCACUUUAUAUUCAUGACUUUGCUGAAUUUGUAAAAUGAAGAAGCUGCGAUACCCCACCCCCACCCCCUCACCCCUUUACUGGACCUAGUCGUUAUUAUUAUUUAUAACGCGCCAACAAAUUUCUCAGCUGUUCAAUGGGUGGAUGAACAGUCAAGUUGGACGUACAAAAAAAUAAAUAAAAUGCUGCUCAGACGAGCCAUUUUAUUGAAACCGUUUAGGCAAUGAGCUUCCUGCGCAGCUGUGCGAAGCGUUCAAUGGGAGAUUCUGCCUACACUCAGAACUGUUAGUGUUGCGGAGGUCUAUUAUGCAGUGUAUCUGCAAUUCUAGGGAUUGUUUUAUUUAGAGAUUACAUUCCUGGAGAUCGUCCAGAUAAACUAUCCCAACUUCAGAUUUCUGUGGCCUCAAAUUUCCGUAUUUAUUCCCUACAUCUUAUCUCCAUUCCCUCUGCAAGAAAAUCAUUUUCUUAGACAAUGUAACAAAACUACACUUCUUUCUCUCUUGCCCUCUGUACCGCUCUUUUCUGCUUACUUGACAUCUCUGUACAAUAAAUGCUGCUAAAGUUAGUGUGGUGAAGUAUACUCUGCAGGUAAGUAUUAACACACUUACCUUUGCAGUGUUGGAUCUCUUGACAUGCUUAUGUGUGCUCAGGCAUUUGCUUAUAACUGGGCAAAAUUUAAAUCUGAUUUGCUUAAGGUGCCCAUGGCACCAUAGAGAUUUUUAUUGUAUGCCAGGCUGUGCAGCAUGGCAUAUGAUAUGAUUUGAAAAAUGCUAAACGUUUAAUUAUAGAUUUGUGAAAAUCAGCAUGCAAGUAAUCAUUACUCUUCUAAGGUGCAGGAGUCUCCCGAGUUCUGGGGUGCAUUAUAUCUGCUCUGAAUGUCUGCAGUUUGCACUUCAAUGGGAUUAAUUUUGAUGAUGAAUUGUGGGCAAAUCUGACUGAUAACUGGAACAGAACCUUCCUUUAAAAUACUUUAUAGGCACCAAGACCACUUAAUGCCUCUUUCUUUUUAACCCUGCAACUGAAAAGAUUGCCAUUUGGCAGGAACGGCUUUAUUUGCAGAGUUAAAGGGACACUAUAGACACUAUAACGAUUUAAUCUCUUUUGAACUGCUUAUAGUGCUUGGAGUCCCCUGGCACCGUCCCUCCAUUCAGUGUUAAGCCACAUAAGGGCAAUUUAACUAAAUGAGUGUCCCUCCCCAUGCACAGUCCAGCCUCUUCUGGAGGUGUGGCUAAUGCAGAGAUUACACACUUCCUUGUCGUCAUACCCAUUCAUACCGUCAGUUGGAGUUGGAGCUCUGAUAAAAGCAAUCCGCUGACUCUCUCGGCCAUCACAGCUGCCCAUUGCUGUUCAGGCUAAUACUUCCUUAUUAGGCAAAGCAGCAUAGAUGGGAUGGGCUAUGGGGGACUCUCAUUUAGAGUGAUAACAUUAAAAACGGUAUGAUACUGAAUGAAAUGACGGUACCAGGGGGCACAAGACACUGAUACCAGUCUAAUGAAAUGAUGCAGACAAUGCCUACAGAGUCCUUUUAACACACCUCUAGUGUCUGCCUUCUUUACAGCCAUUAAAAGAGCUUUCAUAGCUAGAACUUUGGAUUGGCUGAGAUCAUCUUGAUCACGGAGAACAUUUUGCAGUCCCCUCAUCUGUUACCCAUAGAUACUGUUAUAGUAAACUGUUUUUGUUGGAGACUGAAUGCAAACUUAUAUUUGCAGUUGGCGUAAGUGUGUUAUUUAUUUUUAUAGUUCACAAGGUUUUAAGAGUGUUUUUCAACAUAUACCAUUCACAAAGUACGCUAUUCUUAUAAAUAAAAAGUUUAAAGGACCACUAUAGUGCCAGGAAAACACACUUGUUUUCCUGGCACUAUAGUGCCCUGAGGGUGCCCCCAGCGCUGGGCGGGGAGCUCUCCUCCCUCUUCUUCCGUCACCGGCUGAAUGCGCAUGCGCGGCAAGAGCCGCGCACGCAUUCAACCAAUCCAUAGGAAAGUGCUGGCGUCUUCUCACUGAAAAUCAGUCUGAAACUGCUAUGUUUAUAGAAAAAAGGGUUAAUCCUAGCUGGACCUGGCACCCAGACCACCUCAUUAAGCUGAAGUGGUCUGGGUGCCUAUAGUGGUCCUUUAAGUGCAUUUGAUUAGUAUUUUGUAUUUGCACCUAGAAUUUGCCGGGUAGCAAGGUUUUCUGCAUUAUAUAAAUAAAUAAAUAAAUAAAAAUCCCACCCAUCUCACUUUAAUACUGCAAAACUCCUCUAACCAGGCCCCCAGCCUGAUGGCAAAGGGUUAAAGGACCCAGGCCAACAGGCCUCGCACACUUCCCUUCUACAGGAAGCCGUUGGAGGUGCAAUGAAACUUAUUAAAUGGAAAAAUAGGGCUUGGCACAGCGCGGGCAGUUUUGUGCCUGCAUGCCAAUGUGCUGGAGUAUUGUACUCCUCUGCAAAGAAUAUAUUUUCCAUUUCCUAGAGCAUUAAGAGAGACUGUAUUAUUUUGGCCUUGUUAAAUGCUUUUGCCGUGAGUUGACACGAGAGAAUUUGCUGGCAAACAAAUCCCUGCUAUAUCCUUUAGCCAUAUUCUGCCACGCCAAAUUAGGGCCCCUAUUUGAGAAGAAGGUUGAUUGCAUUUUAAUGAUUGCUAAAUGGGUUUGAUAUAUUGAAAUGCUUUCGGCAGGUAGUUUAACCCUUUGAUCAGUCUGGGAGUAUUACAGAAUAUAUUGGCAGGUCUUAAAAAAAAAAAAAAAGCUACGCUGAGCUACACACACGCACUCUCACUCUCUCACACACACUCGCACUCUCACACUCUAUAUCUAGCCCUCUAACUGCGAAACGUUCUGCUAGUAAGGUUGGGUGACCUUUUAACCAGCUUAUUAAACCAAGGACACAGUUUUAGAUCAUUUAAUGAUUUUAUUUUUUAUUUUUAGUAGAAUCUGCCAUACAUUGAAAAUAAUGUAGAUAACACAAAGCAUAAAUAGUGACACACAGAACCUUACAAACAUGUGUAGCAGACUGUUCUGUCUGCGGUCUAUCUUUGUGAUUUCUGUUCCAGUGCGUUUAUUAGACUGGUUUUAUUCUUCCUCCUGAUCAUCUUUAUUCCCAUCUCUUCCUCUUCCUUUAUCCCCUCAUACUUGUCACCAUGGUAGCCCAUUAUUGCUUCCUGUCCUCUUUUUGGUGCCCGCAUUCUCUUAUCCUUAUUCUAGUUUUGUUGUUUUUGUAUUUUGCCUCCUUCACCUUUUUUGUGGGCUUGCAGCUUCACAAACCCCUUUGCCAGUCUGCUAGAAAAACAAACCCAAUUUAAAAUAGUUGUAUUUUUUAGUAAAAUCUAGACUAAUGUUAAUGGUUUUUUGAGCAGCACUCAUGCUUUACUCCCAAAACAUUACUUUUUCCUGAUGCAUCUCCUUUCCAACAAAACCAUUAAGGGUUAUUCGCAUACAUCUUAUUGCCGUGUAUAAGCCAAGAGUCCUCCGCCAAAUUUGGCAGGGUUAUCUUGUCCAAAGUCAUUAGUAUUGAUUCUGGCCAGGGCAUCAUCAGAAUAAAUCCUGGAAUUGACCAAAAUGGGUUAGAAUACUCACUGAGAAGAACGGUUUGUGCUUUGUUUUUUUUUUUUUUGUUUUGUUUUUCUUUCUCUCUCUCUCUCUCUCUCUCUCUCUCUCUCUCUCUGUCUCUCUCUCUCUGUCUCUCUCUCUCUGUCUCUCUCUGUCUCUGUCUCUGUCUCUCUGUCUCUCUGUCUCUGUCUCUCUCUGUCUCAUGGAGAUCAUAAACACACGGCAGAUGGACCGCUUCAUCUUUGGCAGUAUAGAGAAUGUAAUUGCUGCCAACCCCAGGAAUCUGGAAAUGGGGCAGCCCCCCAAACCCCCCUAAUGGUUUUUGCAUUUUGAUCGAUGAUCUUGGUUCUUUCCAGUGAACAUGCUCUGCCUCUCAGGGACAGAACUAGUACAGAUAAGAACACGCUAUGCCAAAUGUCCAGCCUUUGCUGUGCAUCGUAGGGGUGUACGAAGUGUACACGGGGAGAGCAAGCUGUGUGUACGCAGUCUCUGUAUCCAGUGAUUGAAUACGUAAAUACCGAUUCUAUAUCCCAUGUCUGGCAUCUUUCUGUCUAAUCAUCUGCUUCUCUUUACUUAGCCUCUGUUACUAUUAUUUAUAGUAGCAGGAACAUUUAUUGUAAUAGGAACUACUUUUCCUUGUGUAGAACCAGCAGGUUGGGAAAAGUUUAGUAAAGCUCCACAGCCUUUGUCAACGUUGUCAUUGGCCCUCUGUGUAUAUUCUCCUCCAUCCAGCAUUGUCACACCUCCCGCCUUAUAUCAGAGGCUCAGUGUGGAGUGGGCCUGUGCGUAAUCUGACGUGGAAACACAGCAAACCGGCCCAGCAGAGGAUGCUAUUACUAGGUGCCGCCUUUUUACAAACUGUACAAAACAUGUAUUUCUCACACUGUAGUGCUUAUUUGGCUGUGUAGGUCCCUGACCCCCCCUUAGAUUGCUUAGAAAAAGUAGUUUAUUCCCCUUUUCUCCCAUGCUACGCCAGUCUCUCAGUGACUGGCCCCACCUCCAAGGCUGAGUUCAUCAAUGGAACGCCAUGUUUACCCCUAGGAAAGCAUUAAAUCAGUCCUUUCCACAUUGUGUGACAGUUUUACAGCCACUAGAGGAGGAUCGAACCUUGUUUUGUAGUGCAGGAUUAUAAGAAUAGGAACCGCUGUACAAAGGCCUCUUUAUUGAGAUGAUAUUCGUGGUCCUUUAGCCGUCUAAUGGUGCAAUGUAGUCCAGCAUUAGAUUAAGGCCAUGGUAUCGAGAAGAUCUCCUGGGACCUUUAGGCCUGUAGUCUUAACCACGGAAGUUGCAGAGCGCAGACGUAAGUUUUCUUACAGUGUUUAAUUAAACCAUAUUCCCAGCAAGUCCGCAUGUGGGCGUCUGAAGAGAUGGAUUCUGGACACUUGGCAGUACCUGUGUUUUUCUUAACUUGCCCUGCAACUCUCUGUACAUUUCAAACAAAUUCCAAAUCUCUAAACACAAGCCGCCCAUCACAAGAUGUCUGAGUAGAUAACAUCAGAAUGUGGAUCUGGCUGACUUCCUUCUACCUGUUUACAGCAGUGUCUCCAGAGCUGGCAUGAUCUGUGUGUUGAUACAGCCGAGGCCUGCAUACAAGGAGUCACAAAAUCCCACUACCCACAGCCAUGCCCUGCAGUACGGAACUCUUCUAAAUCCUACUACCCACAACCAAUCUACCUUACAGCCAAGUCCUGCAGUAUGGAGCACCUCUAAAUCCCAUUACCCCCAGCCAUUCUACCUUAAAGCCAAAUCCUGCAGUACGGAGUGCUUCAAAAUACUAUUACCCUCAGCCAUUUGGAUUAAAGCCAAGUCCUGCAGUACAGAGCACCUCUAAAUCCCAUUACCCCCAGUCAUUCUACCUUACAGCCAAAUCCCGCGGUACGGAGCGCUUCUAAAUCCCAGAAGCCCCAUCCAUUCGGCUUACAGUCAAGUCCUGCAGAGUGCAUUUAGAUCAUUUUACCUCUAGCCAUUCUACGUUACUGCUGAUACCUCUAAUAAGGAGAUCCUCCAAAUUGCUGUAUCCCUAGUCUUUCUACUUUACUACUGUGUUCUGCAAUACAUAUUUUCUAUAAAUCUCAUUACUCCCAGCCCUGAUACCUUACCGCCAGGCCCUGCAUUAAUAACUCUCAGAUUUUACACUUUGUAGCAGAAUCACGCAGUGCGUAGUUCAUCCAGAUCUCAUUAUUCCCAGCUGCUCUACUGGAUAGCUGUGUCCAACAUAUGAAGCUUCUCUUAAUCCCAUUACCCCCAGCCCUUAACACCCAGAGUCCAAUGAUCUCUCCUCAUUCACUGUACUUUACUUUCUGCUCAGACAUGUACGAGCUGCUUUUCUUUGUUUAGAUAUUGUUUUACUAGGAGUACAUUCUCCAUAAUACAAUGUCUCCUUGCUGAUUUUUUUUCUCUACAAAUUCCCUGCACUGAAAAUAUAUAUAUAUACAAAAAAUGUGUUUCUUGGCACUCGCCCUUUUAUGUAUAUAAUCCAGUAUAGCCUAGGUGCAAUCCCACGUUGGAAUAUGUACACAGAAAAUAAAGAGAUGCACUCUUAGGACUUAAUAAGUGGGGGAAAAAAAGGAGGUAGUUUAUUCCAAUAGGUAUAGCAUCAAAAAUUGCCGACGCUUCGACCCAUUCGGGUCUUUCUCAAGGUAUAUAUAUAAUAUUUUUUUUUUUCUCUCGAUUCUGUUCAGUCUUUAUUAAAUUGCUGUGCAGAAAUUUCAUCCCGCCAUCACUAGCAUUCUACUCUGUUCUUCUUCAGGGAUAUUCCUCAGUAUGCCCAAACAUUACAAAAUAAAGAGCCAUGUAGCCAUAGUUUGUGACCGGAAAACUAUGCAUUUUAUAGAAGAUAUUUCUACUUUACUUAGCCUUUCUAAAAAUCAACCCCAGCAGACUUGCACAUUCCUGGGAUGGAUGCAUCCAAUCUUGGACUUUCCUGGGAUGGACGCACCCAGUGUUGGGCUUUCCUGGGAUGGACGCGCCCAGUGUUGGGCUUUCCUGGGAUGGACGCGCCCAGUGUUGGGCUUUCCUGGGAUGGACGCGCCCAGUGUUGGGCUUUCCUGGGAUGGACGCGCCCAGUCUUGGGCUUUCCUGGGAUGGACGCGCCCAGUGUUGGGCUUUCCUGGGAUGGACGCGCCCAGUGUUGGGCUUUCCUGGGAUGGACGCGCCCAGUGUUGGGCUUUCCUGGGAUGGACGCGCCCAGUGUUGGGCUUUCCUGGGAUGGACGCGCCCAGUGUUGGGCUUUCCUGGGAUGGACGCGCCCAGUGUUGGGCUUUCCUGGGAUGGACGCGCCCAGUGUUGGGCUUUCCUGGGAUGGACGCCAGUGUUGGGCUUUCCUUGGACGCCCAGUGUUGGGGGAUGGACGCGCCCAGUGUUGGGCUUUGCUGGGAUGGACGCGCCCAGUGUUGGGCUUUGCUGGGAUGGACGCGCCCAGUGUUGGGCUUUGCUGGGAUGGACGCGCCCAGUGUUGGGGCUUUGCUGGGAUGGACGCGCCCAGUGUUUGGGCUUUGCUGGGAUGGACGCGCCCAGUGUUUGGGCUUUGCUGGGAUGGACGCGCCCAGUGUUUGGGCUUUGCUGGGAUGGACGCGCCCAGUGUUUGGGCUUUGCUGGGAUGGACGCGCCCAGUGUUUGGGCUUUGCUGGGAUGGACGCGCCCAGUGUUUGGGCUUUGCUGGGAUGGACGCGCCCAGUGUUUGGGCUUUGCUGGGAUGGACGCGCCCAGUGUUUGGGCUUUGCUGGGAUGGACGCGCCCAGUGUUUGGGCUUUGCUGGGAUGGACGCGCCCAGUGUUUGGGCUUUGCUGGGAUGGACGCGCCCAGUGUUUGGGCUUUGCUGGGAUGGACGCGCCCAGUGUUUGGGCUUUGCUGGGAUGGACGCGCCCAGUGUUUGGGCUUUGCUGGGAUGGACGCGCCCAGUGUUUGGGCUUUGCUGGGAUGGACGCGCCCAGUGUUUGGGCUUUGCUGGGAUGGACGCGCCCAGUGUUGGGCUUUCCUGGAAUUUAUCUUUUAAGUUCCUGAGCUCUGACCUGAUUUUUUUAUUUUUUUCCUUCACUUCAUAGUAACUCAGGAUUAUUCACUAAAGUGAGAAUUCAAGGUGAAUUCAAAGUGAAUUUCAGAUUUAAGGCCAGAGUAGCUGAAUGGAAAGCUUAGCUGACCUGAGAAUUUUUCUAGUUCGGCUAUUUUGCCCUCCUAUAGUUCCCUUCUUGCCUCAAUGCUUUUCUAUGGGGAUUUUAAAGACUCUGAAUGUCCUCAUUCACAGCUUGUGGACAUCCAUUGUCAAGACCACCCUGAAUUAAGUGCCUCAAAUCGUCUAACAGCCACAAGAGGCAGUCUUAAUUCUGCAAAGUAAUAAUUGCAGUUUCUCUAAAAUUGCAAUAAUUUACAUUGCAACCAGACCACUUCAAUGAGCUGAAAUGGAAUGGGCUCCUAUGGUGUCACUUUAAAUUCUCUCUUUAGUGAAUACUCCUGGUCUCCCUCCAGAACCAAUCCACUGGAUAUGCACAUAGCUUCAAUCUCUCUUCACUAAUGCUUGACCCACUGAAUUACCAACAUUCUCUGCUCUGGAGCCCAGAAACUAAAUUCACUGUUUGUUACGUGUGAUUAGCUAGAUUUCCACUGAUAUCCUCUCAAAAUGGGCUGCUAACUUUGAAAAUUACUCCAAAUCAAAUAUUUCACCCAAUAUUUUUGUUACUCAGUUCACUACAGGUUACAGUUCAUUGAAUAAAGGCUCGGGUCUUCUGAGAAUGGGUCAAACACAAAGAAUGAUAUUAUGGAGUGCCAGCUUGGCAUGGGCAACUGAUUAAAUUGGGAUCAUUAGCCUUUCUGUGAUCUGAGAUUUAACACAUUUAUCUAGCUUUCGGCAAAAACUUUUACCCGUAGCUUUUCCAAUCCCACCAAGCUUGCAGCACACCUGUAGUCAAAGCGGAAACUUGACCUCCGGGCUGAGACUGUAACUGAGAGCCUUUUGCUCCUCAUCUAUUGCUUUGCUUGACCUUUGGAUAAAUGAUGUCUGCCCAUAGUUGUGAUAUCUGUGUACUUUCACCCCGUUAUAAGUCACCAACCUUAACUAGUCCUUAGCUUAGAUGAAAGUUAUUGUGCAGUACACACCCUGCGAUAAGCAAGCUAAACACACAGAAUGAAGGUUUGAAGAGUGUAGUGCCGAACUGAUAUGCAUGUGACCUUACAUUUAACCUGCUGUAGACUGCGAAUAUUUCUUCCUUAAGUUACUAAUAAACGUAUCUGUCUUGCAGAGGUUUUUAGCUAGAACACAGCAGGUGACAGAAUCUUGUGAGUCGUCAUGGCUGGGUUCCAUGUGUGUUUCCUUUUUAAGACGUUAGGCUCUCAGCCAUUGAUUUUGCGUGUGGACAUUUAGCGUUUAGAUAGCAGUUUGUUUCCUCAUAGGAAAACCAUGCAGAGAGACCUCCACAGCUUCAAAAUCAAAAGAAGAAUUAUUGUCGUUUCCGCAAACUGCUUUGAAGAACUUAACACAGGCCAGGAACUUGAAGAAUAAGAACAAAUAAUGAACGCCCACCUUCCAAAGCAAUUGGCUUAUGUUUUGUAUUGUAAAAGACAUAAAUCCUAAUAAAAAUGGAUAAGGUGGCAGCCUGGUUUUAAUUAAACUAAAUCUUGACUGGAUACCUUUGCCCAUCCAGAGAUGACCCCUCGGUUAUGUGGUAGGUUCUUGAUGUGACACAGCUGACCUCAUACAAAGGUUUUGUGUUUUUGUUUUUUGGCCCCUGGGAUGCAGUGGAAGUGAGUUGUAGUUACUUGAUGCUGUCCACCGUAUACUGCACCAUCUUUGUUCUUCAGCUCCUGGUGCGUCGUUCUGCCAGGAGCCCACAUCUCUUCUUUACUUAUCCACAUAUGUGAGAGUGUAACAUUGAUGGCUUUGGAGGAUCAUGCAGGAACCUCCAUAGAUUAUAAGAUUUUGAAUCUGGUGAUCGAGCCAUUUUACAUAGGAAUUGUCAUCCUUAUAAGGGAGCUGCUGUCACUUCUCUGAAAAUUACAUCUUUGAAUAACUUAUUGAAAAACCUCUAUAAAUUAUGUUAACCUUCUUUCAUGUGAUGCUCUAUUUUUCUAUGGAAUGUAUGUUAAAGAUUUAGCAAUUUUCAGAAUAAUCCAGUUCAGGCCUGGCACAGACAGGGCACAUACUGCAUUGGCAGAGAUGUAUCACAGUGUUCAGAAAAAGGGCAGUUACAUUUCCUUCAUUAUUUUGUAUUUAUUAAAAAAUCUAUAGCAGAAAAAUUCAUAAGUCUGUUGCUUCAGGGGGAAGAAAUUGCACAUAUUAAAAAAUGACAGUUUAAAUGCAAAAGAAAGAAGGAAAUGAAAUGGAAGGAAAAAAAUCAAACUGAUUUUAAUAAAUUGCACCAAGCAGUAGAAAAAUUGACUGAAAAGAGUCAGCAAGACUUGGCUACAUCUCCCCCAUUGUUAAUUUCUUGCUCUCUCUGCCUGCCUGGUGCAAUAUUUAUUUAUUUAUUUAUAUAGUUUAUAACAAUCGGGGCCACUAGCCAUUGAUUGGUGAAAAUUCAACCCUGGUGAGUAGAUAUUCACCACUUCAUAUUCCCUUGCGUUUUCUGAGUUUUGAAAUUUGGCGAUUUUUCUGAUUCAUUUUAAACUAUUUAUAGAGGUCAAGAUAUUUGUAUUAAAGCCGAAUGGAAACAUCCCACCAAUUAAAUAUAAUAAUAAAAAAAAAAAAAAAAGAUAAAAUAAAUAUUGUUAGUCUUUUUCCAGAUGUGCAAAUUGUCACAUAUAAAAUUGUUUAAGGAGGUGGGUUUAACUGUGGUUCCUAGGUUCUUUUUACUUGAGUGGGGGGUCUUUAGUCUCUGUAUGUGGGUGAGAAAAAGACAAGAUAACCUAAUAGUGCAGUAAGUCUAAAUAGGCCUGUUAAUAAUAAUAGUAAUGCACUCACAUUUGAAAGAGUUAUAACCAGCUCUAGUAUGGAUUGCCUAUAGUUGUAUAAUCCCCACUUAUGGGAUAUGGUGGUGGUAGGUCUCGACUGGUAGUUGUCUAGAUGCUCAGAGAGAAGAUAAGAAUAGCCACAGAUAGUGCUCUCAGUAAGACAAUAAUAAUUGUGUUGAAUAUAAAAAUUGUACUUACAAAGGUAGAGCAGGCUAACUGCUCUGUGGUGACCGCGUUGGUGGUGGUAUAAUCCCCACCUAGGAUUUUUAAACGUAAAGCAGGCCCACUGCUCUGUGGUGACCGCGUUGGUGGUAUAAUCCCCACCUGGGAUUUGAAACGUAGAGCAGACUCACUGCUCUGUGGUGACCGCGUUGGUGGUAUAAUCCCCACCUGGGAUUUGAAACGCAGAGCAGGCUCACUGCUCUGUGGUGACCGCGUUGGUGGUAUAAUCCCCACCUGGGAUUUGAAACGUAGAGCAGACUCACUGCUCUGUGGUGACCGCGUUGGUGGUAUAAUCCCCACCUAGGAUUUGAAACGUAGAGCAGGCUCACUGCUCUGUGGUGACCGCGUUGGUGGUAUAAUCCCCACCUGGGAUUUGAAACGUAGAGCAGGCUCACUGCUCUGUGGUGACCGCGUUGGUGGUAUAAUCCCCACCUGGGAUUUGAAACGUAGAGCAGACUCACUGCUCUGUGGUGACCGCGUUGGUGGUAUAAUCCCCACCUGGGAUUUGAAACGUAGAGCAGGCUCACUGCUCUGUGGUGACCGCGUUGGUGGUAUAAUCCCCACCUAGGAUUUGAAACGUAGAGCAGGCUCACUGCUCUGUGGUGACCGCGUUGGUGGUAUAAUCCCCACCUGGGAUUUGAAACGUAAAGCAGGCCCACUGCUCUGUGGUGACCGCGUUGGUGGUAUAAUCCCCACCUGGGAUUUGAAACGUAGAGCAGACUCACUGCUCUGUGGUGACCGCGUUGGUGGUAUAAUCCCCACCUGGGAUUUGAAACGCAGAGCAGACUCACUGCUCUGUGGUGACCGCGUUGGUGGUAUAAUCCCCACCUGGGAUUUGAAACGCAGAGCAGGCUCACUGCUCUGUGGUGACCGCGUUGGUGGUAUAAUCCCCACCUGGGAUUUGAAACGCAGAGCAGACUCACUGCUCUGUGGUGACCGCGUUGGUGGUAUAAUCCCCACCUGGGAUUUGAAACGUAGAGCAGACUCACUGCUCUGUGGUGACCGCGUUGGUGGUAUAAUCCCCACCUGGGAUUUGAAACGUAGAGCAGACUCACUGCUCUGUGGUGACCGCGUUGGUGGUAUAAUCCCCACCUGGGAUUUGAAACGUAGAGCAGACUCACUGCUCUGUGGUGACCGCGUUGGUGGUAUAAUCCCCACCUGGGAUUUGAAACGUAAAGCAGGCUCACUGCUCUGUGGUGACCGCGUUGGUGGUAUAAUCCCCACCUAGGAUUUGAAACGUAAAGCAGACUCACUGCUCUGUGGUGACCGCGUUGGUGGUAUAAUCCCCACCUGGGAUUUGAAACGUAGAGCAGGCUCACUGCUCUGUGGUGACCGCGUUGGUGGUAUAAUCCCCACCUGGGAUUUGAAACGCAGAGCAGGCUCACUGCUCUGUGGUGACCGCGUUGGUGGUAUAAUCCCCACCUGGGAUUUGAAACGCAGAGCAGACUCACUGCUCUGUGGUGACCGCGUUGGUGGUAUAAUCCCCACCUGGGAUUUGAAACGCAGAGCAGGCUCACUGCUCUGUGGUGACCGCGUUGGUGGUAUAAUCCCCACCUGGGAUUUGAAACGUAAAGCAGGCUCACUGCUCUGUGGUGACCGCGUUGGUGGUAUAAUCCCCACCUAGGAUUUGAAACGUAAAGCAGACUCACUGCUCUGUGGUGACCGCGUUGGUGGUAUAAUCCCCACCUGGGAUUUGAAACGUAGAGCAGGCUCACUGCUCUGUGGUGACCGCGUUGGUGGUAUAAUCCCCACCUGGGAUUUGAAACGCAGAGCAGGCUCACUGCUCUGUGGUGACCGCUCCCACCUGGGAUUUGAAACGUGAGAGCAGACUCACUGCCCAGUGGUGACCCCAUAAGCAGGUAUAAUCCCCACCUGGGAUUUGAAACGUAGGAGCAGGCCUACACUGCUCUGUGGUGGUGACCGCUACAGGUAUAAUCCCACCUGGGAUUUGAAACGUAGAGCAGGCUCACUGCCUGUGGUGACCGCUACAGGUAUAAUCCCCACCUGGGAUUUGAAACGCAGAGCAGCUCACUGCUCUGUGGUGACCGCGUUGGUGGUAUAAUCCCCACCUGGGAUUUGAAACGCAGAGCAGGCUCACUGCUCUGUGGUGACCGCGUUGGUGGUAUAAUCCCCACCUGGGAUUUGAAACGCAGAGCAGACUCACUGCUCUGUGGUGACCGCGUUGGUGGUAUAAUCCCCACCUGGGAUUUGAAACGUAGAGCAGGCUCACUGCUCUGUGGUGACCGCGUUGGUGGUAUAAUCCCCACCUGGGAUUUGAAACGUAGAGCAGACUCACUGCUCUGUGGUGACCGCGUUGGUGGUAUAAUCCCCACCUAGGAUUUGAAACGUAGAGCAGGCUCACUGCUCUGUGGUGACCGCGUUGGUGGUAUAAUCCCCACCUGGGAUUUGAAACGUAGAGCAGGCCUCACUGCUCUGUGGUGACCGCGUUGGUGGUAUAAUCCCCACCUGGGAUUUGAAACGUAGAGCAGACUCACUGCUCUGUGGUGACCGCGUUGGUGGUAUAAUCCCCACCUGGGAUUUGAAACGUAGAGCAGGCUCACUGCUCUGUGGUGACCGCGUUGGUGGUAUAAUCCCCACCUGGGAUUUGAAACGUAGAGCAGACUCACUGCUCUGUGGUGACCGCGUUGGUGGUAUAAUCCCCACCUGGGAUUUGAAACGUAAAGCAGGCUCACUGCUCUGUGGUGACCGCGUUGGUGGUAUAAUCCCCACCUGGGAUUUGCUUAGGAGUAGUAGCAGAUGAAUUAAAAAAUAGGAGAUAAAAAAAAAAAAAAAGUAGUAAAAUAUAUUAUUAGUAAAAAGCCAGGAAAAAUGUAUAAAUAAAAAGGUAUUGGUACAAUAAAAUGAUGUAAAACCAAAGUUCUUUAUUAUAUCAGAAGAAAAAAAAGUAAUUUCCAUAACGCAUUUCGUCAUAACAGACUUUAUCAAAUGGAAAAGUUGAGGUCACCUCCUUCAGUGUUGCCCGCCAUUGCAGUGUGGAUCUGCUAUGGUCUUGAUAGAAGCUCAGAGAGUGCUGUUCGAAAAUGCAUUGUGAUUGGCCUUGAACUUGUGCCAAAAUUGUGUCAGUGCGUGAUGGAAAAAGCUUAGGAUUACAUCUCUAUGUGCAGUGGACUUGUUAUUAGGAUUCCCUGGGAGAUGGUAGAACCCAUCAAGCAGUGUUCCCUUCGCCUGUUUUGGUGUCAGGGUAGUUGAGAGUAGCCUUCUGAUGUACUGUGGGAGCUCGCCAGCAUCCAUGGUGUUGGGGAUUCCCCUGAUUUUCAGAUUGUGUUGUCUGGUUAUAUCUUCCAACUGUCCCACUUUCGCACUCAGUGCUGCACAUGUAAGGGAUACCUCAUGUAGUUGAAAAGCUGUGGUGUCUUGUUGGACUCCCAGGCUGCGGACAUUUUCCUCCGUGGAGUUCAUUCUGCCCACCAAAGUGCUGAGAUCCGCUUUCAAGACUGCCAUCUCUGCAGCAAAAUAUGACUUUAUGUCCGUCUCCAUCGCCGUGAUAUCCAUCCUUUUGGCCCACUGUGUGUCUGGCUGCCGCGGAGGGACAGCUCUGCCACUGCGGGGUUGUAGCUGGAGCUCCUCCAGCUCUGGGUCCUCCCCUUUCCGAGGUCGAUGUGGGGUGUAUUAGACAUUAGGUCCGCGAUUUUGGACCUGGAUGGAUUGAAAAGUAAAAAGCCGAUAUCAUGGGUUUGGCCACUGCCCAAGCCCCUGGAUUUUCGGGAGUGCUUCCCCAUGUUCUCUAACUCCAGGUGGUGCCUUGCAGGUUCUAAUUGUCUCACCCAAGGUUGUGAUUUUAGGGUGUAUAGUCGUCCCUAUGUCGAAGUUUAGGAAGCUUGCGAUCGCACCAUUUGCUGGCUAGCCCCCCCCCCCCUAUAUUUUUAUUUCAUCCUAACCUAUGGCAUGUUUCUAAAACACAGCAAUGGUUUCUGGCAUUACUUCUUAAAGAAAGGUUUCCAUUAUCCCCCCUACACACAGGUCAGGGCUUGUAUGAUGUUCCAAAGUAUGGCUCGCCCUUCACACAUAAAGCACCGCAUUCAGCGUUUGGAGUGUUGCUUUAACAUGAACAGUGUGUUAUUUUUAUUUUUUUUUCUUCAUUUUACAAAGAUUCAAAAUUGACACUUAAAUAAAUUAAUAAAUUAAUCUUGUUACACUCACUGGCUGUCAAUUAGACAACUGGUCCUGUUACUUCCUGGUUUGGUUAGUUCAGUGGAACUAAAUUCAAGAGGCAGCAAUUGCCCAGAGCACCUGCCCUGCAAAGACUUCUCAUUGAGCUGCAUUGGGAAGGCUGUGAUUGGACAGCCACAGAAAGACUGGGUGGAGUUAGAAGGGGAGGACUUGUAAAGGCUGCAGACAAGAGAUCUCUGACUAUUGCAAGCUAUUUUUAGAUAUACCCCCAAAGAAAUAGAGAAUGCAGAAAUAAACGCAUGCCUGUUUAGUAUAUCUACUUAAACAAUUACCUUUCAUUGGAGUGUUCCUUUAAUGUAUUGUUAGAGAUUUCCAUUAUUUAGCCCUAGUAUGUCUUUAUUUGUGUGUGGUUCUCGGUCAAGUGCUUGAGGCAUGAGCUCCAGACUAGCCGGCCUUUUAAUCCACACUCUUUUUACAGCGGUGAUCCUUUCUCCCAGACCUGCAGUAAAUUAGCGACCGUGACAAAUAAUAGGAAAAAAACUCAUUUAGGUGGGAAACGUUAAGCAUCCGCAAUGAUUUACAUAUUAAUUAGAAGUGCUUCGAGGCAGGGAGUCUGCAGCUAAUCUCUGAAAAGGAAAAAAGCACAGUGCAAUGGGUGAAAUUGUUUCCAGAGGGUGAAGUGGAGUUCAAGGGAGAGCGCGCUAAUUGAAGCCGAUUCUCAGUCGGUGUAGCCAGGACACCAUGCAGUGCAAGCGGAACUGAAGAUGCACUUCCUACCUUUUGGAGACUGAUGAACCGUUUCUUUUAAACAUGCCAAAAGGUUGGUGAUAAAGGGAAGCAUCGGAAAGAUCUUUUUUUAGGGUUUGAUCAGAGAUUUCCAAAGGAAUACAUUGCCAAAUUACGAUCCCUUCUUUCCUGUAUCCAUGAUUUUGCAUUUAUUGCUGAUCACGUUUGUUGAAGGCUUUACAAUCUAACUGGCAUGCUUUUUGGUGCACUCGUUCUAAAGUCCAUACACUGUAAGCCCUUUGCAAUGCUGGGAUCUAAUCAGUUCAUAUGUGUAAAUCUUGUGUUGUGAUUGGCUGCUGAUAUCACAUGGUCUCAAGAAGAUCCUUCACUUCCUGAUAUCGAUUUGGGGCAGUUAGAAGGUAGUUUUCCAGUUGUGUUGAAACUACAGGUUCAAUGCUCAGCAGUGAUCCUAGAAAAAAACAGUAACCUUUUGUUGGCUGAGGAUUAUGGGAGGUGUGCCUCAUGAACUAGGGAGCUUUUUUUUUUUUACCAAUAUCCUGUUAUUUGCCUAAUUCAAGGCCAAGUGAUAGGGUGGAGUGAGCGAAGGAUAUGGGCCGCACAAAGUAGGGUGGGGUGUGCCACCGCUGGAUGCCUGUUGUGCUGACGUUAAACGUCCUAUAUGCACACAAUUGAUAUUAGCCAGCCUGGAACUCCUAGGAUACCACAAUAAUACUGCAGGAGAUGGAGUAACACCUCUGGUAGCAAAGGGGUUAAUCUCCAUAUGUGCAGUGCUUCAUAGCGGAAUGCUGCACUUAGAUUCCAGGCACCAUGACUGCUUCAAAUCACUGAAGUGAUUUUGGUGCUUGGUAACCCUUUAAGACACUGGGCUGUUAAUCAGUGUCUCUCAUAGUGUUCUAUAGGAAUAGUGUCUGUGAGUAUUUAGGGCCGCUGGCGCCCUCAGUCUCUCCCCCCACACACGUGUCUCUGGCUUCUGUGAGUCCCCAGGCCCAUGUUUUCCCAUAAAACACGCCUGCACAGCUCACUCCCUAAUGAGGAAUGUGCUGCACGGAUAAAAGGCUGUCCCGGGGGCCCUGUAUUUGGAGGUGGUUUUUUUUGUGUGUAUUUUUUUUUUUUUAAUGUUGCUGCCAGAACCCUUCUCUGAUAUUAUUUCUGAGGUUCGUGUCAAGUUGCACAUAAGUGAGGACAUGAUAGGACAGGCAGAUAGCAACACCCUGGGAACAGGAAAGUAUGAGGCAGCAUUACUCUUUAUUUGGCAAAUGAGGGUCAUUUAGGCGCCAGAUAAACGUACAGUAAUGAGCUGCUAUGUUCUGGAUAUCUUGCUUACCGCUGCCUUUUCGGUCUGGUGGUUCAUGCCCGUCUCGCUCAGGUCAGCUUGGGGUGUGCACUUGACACCUGUAGACUGCCAGCUUAGUCUAAGCUCCAUGUGUCAUUGUGUCCCAAUAUGGUCACCCACUGGCCUAGAUCAUUUAUCAGAGGGAGGAAGCAUGAGACUAUAUCUCUGCCACAGCAUCCAUCCCAAAAAGCUGGACCAUUUCUAAAUCUACAAGAUUGCGUGUGUAUGUAGCUGAUUUCAAAAUAAAGGAUUUCUUGAAUUUAAUUCAGUUGAACAUUUUUUUUCUAAGGCUCAGAAGGCAUAUGAUCUAAACCUAUAUUUUCCAAAGAAUUAAUCCUUUCGUUCUCUGAGGGUUUGCCACAUGUUACGCUGCCCUUUAGCACUUGAAUCUUUCCAAAUAUAUUGCUGCCCUGUACCUAAUCCCCCCCCCCCCAAGUGUUUGGGGCACAAGCCCCCUUUCAUCGGAAGAUCUAUCCGUCUUUUUAUGGUUUUGAGAUGAAUGGCAUUUUUUCACCUAAAGUGGCAGCUUGCUUACCCAAAAGCGUUAAGCAUGAACGACCCAAAACGAGGGCCUUCCAAGUAAAGCGAAUGCUGUUAUUUCAGCCAGUCCCGGCUGCUUACAUUAAGACUUAAUCUUGUUGGCAAGGAACUAUAGGGGGUACUUGGCAUGUGGCUGGUUAAUAGCGAGAAGUAAAUGAAGCAGUGACUGGCUGUUUUUUCAAUUAAGUGUUUGAAGCUGUCACGGAGAAGGUGUAAAAUUUUGCUCCCCCUUCACCCUUCCUCCCUCCUCCCAUUCUCCUUGCAAACUGCGGCUCCCCUCUGGAAAAGAUCUUUUCAGUCAGACUUCUCUGUUCACUUUUAUUAUAAGAUAAACCUUUCAUCUUUUAUUGUUAUGAGUUAAGGGCAGUUCUGGAGGUGUGCCGCAUGUUAGUGAAAACAGCUGUGGCGCACAGAGCGGCAAGAUCAGGUGGCCGCCACCACCACACAAUGUCUGACCAUUUAACUCCUCAAUUACCAUAGCGCUUUCUCCCAUUUCCUGUCUAAAUGGGCUAUAAAGGCUCCAGUCUCUUUAACAUUCUGUGGGCAAAUUGAGCAACACAAUGUGUCAGCCAGGCUUUGGGCGCUCAGAUUGCGUGCGUGGCCCUUUUUAGCUUUGUACCAUUUGGGUUUUCUUUCAAAAAUGUGUAAAAUUUCUAAAUGUAAAAACCAUAGCCUUUUAUUGCCCCGUCAUCAAGCAAAUAAAUGUUUUUUUUUCUUUUCCCUCCCUCACUCUCUGGACAUAACAUUCUUUAUCAGUUCUAACUAUUGUUAUUCUGUGAAUUAUUACUUACUAUUUUCUGAUGUGUUUCUGCUAAAUAGUUUCACAAUUAUGGAAAUACUAUAAAUUAAAUCUGUUUUAAAUUUACCAUUCUCAUGUUUGCUUUUAUACACUUUAUUUUAUUCUAUUCCGGUAUUGAUUAUGUUUAUAUAAUGUUUUUUUUUGUUUGUUUGUUUGUUUUUGGUUUUUACACAAACCUAAAAAAAAAAAACAUUUUCUUGAAAAAAAAAAUAUAGAUAGUGAUAGAAAUAAAUACAGCGCUACAGAGUUUAAGCAAUAAAAUAAUAAGAGUGAGAGAGAGAGAUAUAAUUUUAAAUGCAGUAUUACAGCAGUGUUUGCUCAUUUACCUGAAGGCACAAUGCAGUGUCUCUCCUAUUUGAUCCCCAGUCAAAUUUAAUGACCAGUUGGAAACAAGUGGUAAGUUUUGGGUAACCUCCAAGUUUUUUGCUCCAUUUGGCAUAUGCAGUAAGUGUUUUAUUUAUUUUUAAUUUCUAAAAAAAAUAAAAUAAAUAAUGAGCCUUACGAUAAUAUAUUUAAUUACUGCUCAUGUCAAUGAAGGUGUUUUGCCGAUUGGAAUCUUUUUACUUUUUGUUGUGUCGUAAAUAUUAAAAGUAAAUUGAUGUCUUAGCCAUUUAAAAAUAAAACUCGGAUCAGUGAAACUAGAGCUAAAAAAGACAAAUAUUUUGCACAUACUGUAAGGAGCACCUGAAUGCCAGCUAGGUAGGAGCAGAAGUGUUUUCGUACAGUUUCAUACUUUUACCUUCUGCCAUUGUGCUGUUGUUGGCACAGUCCCUCACUGAUGAUGUCAGCGGCCUGAAUCACUUUUUUUAGUAGCUGAGAAGCUGAAAAGGGGCCACGUUUUGUCUGAGAGGCCCCUCGUUCUCUUCAGCUGCAGAUCGGUGAACUGAUCACCCAAUCUGGCACGCAGGAAGAGGAGAUGAGGAGCAUAGGUCAGGCAAUUUGUCCGCUUUAUAAUUUCUCCCAGAUAGUAAUUAUCCCUAAUAGUAUAAACGUUCUGCGAGGCUGCAGCCAGCUGUGCUAUUGUAAUGGUACCACAGAGACGAGAGUGGAUUAAAGCCGCACUUGGCAGCGCAUACAGAGUAGUCCGUCACUCGGGCGAGAAAGCAGCUUGUUUGUGGGGAGCAAGGAGAGAGAUUUAAAGUCAUCACAGAGUAGUUUGCUUACAGUAAAAGUCAUUUUGUUUCCUGUUAUUUUUUUUAAAUUUUUUUCUAUUUAUUUUAUAUGAUCCCACUAAGCCAACCAUUGGCAUGCAAUUUCCAUCUUUUAAACUGGUCCAUCGUGUCUAAGCUUAAGUUAUAGUAUAGCAUGAGUGAUGGUCGGGAUUCCAGAAAUGCACACAUUUGAAUAUCUAGUUAGAAAGCCACAACAUAGCGUUGUUUAAACCAAAGUAGCGGACAGCGAUACUGAACAAUCCUAAUGGCUGCAAGAACAACAAAACGGCAGCGAACUCUCCGCAGGAAAGGUUUAAAUACCCUGCAAGAUGGAGUCAAUUCGGCUGUGCCGGAAGACAGGUAGACAUGCUUAACUGCAGUGCAGCAAGGCCGAAAUAAUGUAAGGCUCCAACCGUUGAAGAGUGGUGGUGGUGGUGGUGUCGUCAUUCGAACAAAUACCUAUGUGCUAUGUGCAUAUGUGAAGUUGUAUGCCUUUAAUAAAGAUUCUGCCAAUGUACAAAAUCCCCCCCCCCCCCUUUACCCAGUCCUAAUAAAAAUUAACCUGUUCCCUGCCAGUUAAUCACUGCCUACAGUGAAAUGAGUUUUUUAACUUUUAUAUAUUUUGUUUUAACCCUCAGGGGUUCAAUUUAUUUCAAUAAUUAAUUUAAAUAUUUGAAAAUGAUAUUUUAAAAUGAUAUAUUUUGCUAGCUGGGGUGGGUGGGAGUUAUGGGAUAUUGGGGAAUUUACUGUUAGUGCUGCUUACUGCUAGUUAGGAGUUAACUGUAAAAAAAAAAAAAAAAAAAAAAAAGUUUAAGAAAGUUUUUAAAAGUUUUCAAAAAGUAAAGCAAAUUUUAAAAAGUAAAAAAAUAUAUAUUAAAACAUGCUCAUUACCACUACACCUGGAACAAACUAGUGAAAAGAUGAUCCCACGCUAAUGUUCAAAAUAUGCCUUUUGAAAAAACCCCAGGGUGUAUUCUUAAAAAAAAAAAAAAAAAUUUUGAUGUGUUUGUGGGGUAGUUUGAAUAACCAACCAGCUAAACUACUCCAAAAUGGAACAUGGACACAGCGUAAAAUUUCAAAGUUAGAAAAAAAAAAAAAAACUGUGUCUCAAAUGUGCCCCUUCAACAUCCACAUAUACCUGGCAAAGUUACAUACGAGGGUAUUGUUAUACUCAGACGACAUAGCUGAGCAACAUCUGAAAUAUUAUACAGCCAUAGCACACAUAAGAUUUGCAAAAUAUACUGUGCAAACUCAAUCUGUGCGUCAAAAAGGUAGAAAAUAAUGCUUAUUACCACUACAGAUGGUACAAGCUAGUGGAAAUAUUAUCCCAUGCUAAGGUUCAAAAUCUGCAUUUUGAAAUACCCUGGGAUGUCUUCUUUACGAAAUGGUACGCCUUUAUGGGGUAGUUGGAAUAUGUAGUCUGCUAAAGUGCUCCAAAGUGGGACACGGACGCAUCAAAACCCUCCAUGAAAAUGCACACUUAAAAACCUGAACUUGUCACGUCUCUUUUACAGCACUGUAACUUCACAAAAUAGUGUCUAGGUCAUACAUUGGGUAUAUUGUUUUACUCAGAAGAUGUAACUGAGCAUAAUUUGGGGGAUUUUUUUUUCCCCCUCACCACAAACAUUGGCAUAAAUUGGUGAAAAAAUGGUGACAAGUUAAGGCACAAUAUAAUCCAUGUAAGAUACCCUGGGGUGUCUGCUUUAUCAAAUGAAAGCCCUUUGUGGGGUUAUUUGAACAGUCAAACUGCUAUAAUACCCCAAAAUGAGACACAGGCCCGUCAAAUCCAUCUAUGAAAAUUCAUAACUGUAGAAACUGAAAUAGCUUUGUCACUUAUAUGGCAUUGUAGCUUCACAGAAUAGUGCCAAAGGCAUGCAAUGGGGGUAUUCUUAUAUUCAGCAGAUGUAGCUGAACACAAUAUGGGGUUCUGUGCAGGAAUAGCACACACCAACUUUAAGAAAUACACAUUACAAAAACCUUGUUAUAUGUGUAUAUGUCACAAUAUUACUCCAAUAUUUAGCAGAGAGUGGCAAUGAAAUGGCAACGUAAAAAGUGUCAAUAUAACCUUCGAUAAAUAGCCUGUGAUAUCUACUUCUAAAAUGGUUUCACAUUGAAAUUUUAUUUUAGUAUUUUGUGACCUGUAACUUUUAAAAUACGUGAAAUCCUACACACAUUAUGUAGUCUAUAAAUCAAGACACAUACAUUUAUAUUUUUUAAAUUUAGUUUUCGGAAGCAGGACAUAUUAUGCACACACUAUUAUUGCCAAAACUGUGGAAAAAAAACCUGGGUUUUUGUCUUCAUUUUUUUUUUUUACUUAAUGAGAAUGUAUCUACAGUAUAUACUCGAGUAUAAGUCUAGUUUUUCAGCACAUUUUUUGUGCUUAAAAACCCCCACUCGACUUAUACUUGAGUCACUGUCUGUAUUAUGGCAACUUAGAGAGCCGCGGCCGUCAGAGCCAUGGCAACGAUCCGCGCGGCAACCAGACCGCGAGACUUACAGUGGAGCUGACCGGAACGGAGGAGAAGGGAGCUGACAGGAGCUGCAGGAAAGGUAAGUAAAUGCUUCCUGUCGGCCCCCCCACUUCACAGCCCAUGCCACUGGACCACCAGUGAUUAAGAUAGCCCCCCUCCCUGACCAGUUAACAAGCAGGGAGGGGGGGCAAAUUUUUUUUUUUUUAAUAAUAAAAAAAUAAUAUUAAAAUAAAAUUUUUUUAAAAUAAUAAAAAUGCCCUCCCCCACCCAGUUCACACACAUUACACAAACACACACACUGCAUUAUAUACACACUCUGCAUUAUAUACACAGUGUGUGUAUAUAAUGCAGAGUGUGUGUUUGUAUGAGUGUGUGUGUAUAUAAUGCAGAGUGUGUGUUUGUAUGAGUGUGUGUAUAUAAUGCAGAGUGUGUGUUUGUAUGAGUGUGUGUGUGUAUAUAAUUAUAAAAAUCACAGAAUUUCAUAGCCCCAAGUUUUACCCUCGACUUAUCCACGAGGCAUAGCAUAUUUCACAAUUUUUGGUCACAAAACUGCACUCGACUUAUACAUGAGAUUGACUUAUACACGAGUAUAUACGGUAUGUAUAUGUGACAUUAAAUUGUGUUGGUGCAAUAAAUGAGAGCUGCAAAUUGCAUUUGAACACAAACAGCAAAAAUGGCAUGUGUCCUAAAGGGUAAGACAAGCUUUUGAAUCUGUGUCAUUGAGGGGUUAAAAGCCCCAGCGUUCUGUCUAAUGCAAGUAUGGCAAUUUUCGUUUAAAUUUUGCCAAAAGAACAUAUUCGCAACUGUCUCCAUUCUAAUAAACUGUGAGUCCCUGAGAGCUUGAGGGAUUGCAUACCCACUGGGUAACAUAGAACUUGAAACGUGUUGGGGGUGUUUCAUUAUUAACCCAUUCCAUUCUGGAGCUAUGAAAUCCACACUGACUUGUACUGCUGGAGCCCAAGUGAGUGUAUUACAUGACAAAUCCCAUUCAGUUCUUGUAAGAGCAGUGUUUUGGCAAGCACCGUUGUCUCUUUGGGAGAAUCAGCCAAGGUCUGCUAUGUGUUUAUGCAUUGCAAGGUAAAGCUCCCUCCCAUUCAAGGCAAAGGCCUUUAACCUUUCGCAGACCAAAGUAUAUUUAACGGAUGUGUCUCUGAUGUGUUCAGUUAACUGUUUCAGUGCCAGAGUUGGUAUGCGUUGCUUACUGUGUAGAUAAGAGUUGCACACAGGAUUGUGUUAUUCAAUUUGGUGCCGGUUGAUGGGUGGCUAGGGAUGGAGAUUUAAGCCAGUGCAAAUCUGCAUUGUUGGCUAACCCAGUGGUGAUCUAAGAAGGGUGGUGCUUGCAAGCAUUGGGGUUAUAAAGCAAAGUCUUUAUAAUAGAGGUUCUUCUUGAACUUAGUUUUCAUGGUAAUAUUGGCCGCCUAGUAGCUCUGUGUGCUUUUACAUUUCUUCAUAUUCUAUAAAUCAGUGGGGGUCAAAUGGCAAAGCAUCGUGGCAGUUGUAGUUCUUCAACUGGGGAUCUUACUUUUGACCACUCUUGCUGUAAAGUGAUGGUGAUGAGCCUGAAAUGGUUACCCCAACUGUUUUAAAAAAGUGUUUUGGCGUAUCUGGAAUAGACGUUCAUGUGAAGUGUGCCAACAAAAAGGCAUAGUGUGUAGAUAGUGUAAAGGAUUUAGAAAACAUGCCCAAAUUAUACGUUUGUUUGGGUAGGCCAUCAUUAUAUGCUCCAAAUUCAAACUGUUUAGGUGAUCUGUUCUUCUAAUAUGCAAGGAGUGUAUAAUAAUUGGAGAGCAUCCCAUAGCUUGCCGCUAAUGGCUGUAUGUGAGUCCCUGAGAGCUGUGAUACUCCGUAUUGCUAUAUUAAAUGGUUAUUAUAACAUCCCAUAGGAUGCCGCUAAUGGCUGUAUGUGAGUCCCUGAGAGCUGUGAUACUCCGUAUUGCUAUAUUAAAUGGUUAUUAUAACAUCCCAUAGGAUGCCGCUAAUGGCUGUAUGUGAGUCCCUGAGAGCUGUGAUACUCCGUAUUGCUAUAUUAAAUGGUUAUUAUAACAUCCCAUAGGAUGCCGCUAAUGGCUGUAUGUGAGUCCCUGAGAGCUGUGAUACUCCGUAUUGCUAUAUUAAAUGGUUAUUAUAACAUCCCAUAGUGUGCCGCUAAUGGCUGUAUGCGGCUCUCACAGUGUGAUACUCCGUAUUGCUAUAUUAAAUGGUUAUUAUAACAUCCCAUAGUAUGCCGCUAAUGGUUGUAUGCGGCUCUCACAGUGUGAUACUCCGUAUUGCUAUAUUAAAUGGUUAUUAUAACAUCCCAUAGGAUGCCGCUAAUGGUUGUAUGCGGCUCUCACAGUGUGAUACUCCGUAUUGCUAUAUUAAAUGGUUAUUAUAACAUCCCAUAGUGUGCCGCUAAUGGCUGUAUGCGGCUCUCACAGUGUGAUACUCCGUAUUGCUAUAUUAAAUGGUUAUUAUAACAUCCCAUAGUGUGCCGCUAAUGGCUGUAUGCGGCUCUCACAGUGUGAUACUCCGUAUUGCUAUAUUAAAUGGUUAUUAUAACAUCCCAUAGUGUGCCGCUAAUGGCUGUAUGCGGCUCUCACAGUGUGAUACUCCGUAUUGCUAUAUUAAAUGGUUAUUAUAACAUCCCAUAGGAUGCCGCUAAUGGUUGUAUGCGGCUCUCACAGUGUGAUACUCCGUAUUGCUAUAUUAAAUGGUUAUUAUAACAUCACAUAGUAGGCUGUUAAGGCUCUUACAAUGUGAUACUGCUAUAUUAAUGGAUUAUAUUUGUUUGUUGGUUUCUUUCAGGUGCUGGCCUUGGUUUGGGGAUCGUGUUUUCAGUGAUAUUUUUCAAAAGUGAGUAUUGUCUUUUGCGCCCUAUCCCCUAGGGCCCUGCUGGUGCUAAUUGCAUUCUGGGUAGAUCCAGCACGGCUAGUCUCUACCCAAUAUCUGGUCUCUCUGAGGCCAUGUCACCCUGUUCGUGACGGCAAUACUAAAUAAUGCUUUUAUUUAAAUUCACCGGCACAGUCUGGGCCCACACUCAGACAGAUAUCAUUGGUUCAUACGGCUUUGCAGAAAAUAAAUGUAAACAACUUCUAAAUUCCUCUGCCGUCAAAACCACACUGGAGAAUGUGGAACUUGCUCUCCAUCCGUGCACACGUCGUGUUUACAGUUCAAUCUGAUCUAAGUGAAGACUGUGUAUUUAUUGCACACAUGGAAUCAAAUCUAUGUCUCUGGAAUCAUGCUCUUAGCUGUUACUAUAAGAGGUUAAAUGAAGAUCCCUUGUGUAUAGAAAACCUAUAUAACAGAUAAAUUGACACUUACCUCAUGUCACAGUGCAUUAAAACAUCCAAUGAUGGGACAGUGUCAUGUUAAAGGAUUACUCCAGCCACCAUGACCACUUAUGCUUUUUGAAGUGGUCAUGGUUGAAGGACUCUGGAUGUGCACCAACCUAUGCCACAGCAUUGUACAAUUGCUAAGAAAAACAAAUAUAUGUCUAUGAUGACAAACUUGUUUAGGCAACUGAGAACUGACAAGGAUUCAAAGGAGCUUUUAGUGUGCAUGUAGCAUUUUAUGUUUUAUGGUAACUAAUUAAUAUGAUCUUGUAGCGUAGCCUCCAGCUUGGUAAAAUGUAUACAGAGUGAAGCCUAAAUCUAUUGAUGUAAAUGAGAGGGUAUAUUUGAGAAAAGUGCACAUGAGCCGUCACACAGCAUGAUGUUGAGACACGGUGUAUCUUGGUUCUAUAUGGUUUUAAUUUCUAACGAUGAUGUUAACUAAACAUUAAGUUGUGAUGAGUCGGGGACACAUCUGCUAUUCUGUGUUAAUUAUCUCUCAAUUUGAUUUGCUAUAAACUGCGCGUGGUUAAAUAGUGAAAGGGGGAUUGAUUUCUUCCAUCUGACCUUUGCAAACCCAUCUCUCUCUUUCCAGGGAAGACAUGGCCCAUUGCAUUCUCCUCCGGUAUAGGUUUAGGAAUGGCCUAUUCCAACUGCCAGAAUGACUUCCAGUCUCCUUACCUUCUUCACGGCAAGUUUGUAAAGGUAUGUCUUUAUUCCCACCUGCCUCUCGGCAAGAUUUAACACUUUCAUUUCAUGCUUUCUGGGGCUCUGCGACUGCACUCCAUGUGCAGCAUAAAGCUGUGAUCUUUGGCCACUGGACGAUCCUCUGUGCUAGUUGUUGGCAGAGUGAGACCGCUCAGUGGAAUGAGCACCAGCUCGAAUAUCUCAGUGGAAUGAGCACCAGCUCGAAUAUCUCAGUGGAAUGAGCACCAGCUCGAAUAUCUCAGUGGAAUGAGCACCAGCUCGAAUGUCUCAGUGGAAUGAGCACCAGCUCGAAUGUCUCAGUGGAAUGAGCACCAGCUCGAAUGUCUCAGUGGAAUGAGCACCAGCUCGAAUGUCUCAGUGGAAUGAGCACCAGCUCGAAUGUCUCAGUGGAAUGAGCACCAGCUCGAAUGUCUCAGUGGAAUGAGCACCAGCUCGAAUGUCUCAGUGGAUGGAGCACCAGCUCGAAUGUCUCAGUGGAAUGAGCACCAGCUCGAAUGUCUCAGUGGAAUGAGCACCAGCUCGAAUGUCUCAGUGGAAUGA